CUGCCAGAGUCGCAGUUGAGGAGAAAGUAGAGACCAAGCAAGUUGAGAUGAGAGAGGGAAUCCCAUCCAAAGUUCCCAAAGCUGAGAAAAAGCCUGAGGAGAAGCCGACGACGUCACUGAAGGAGCCGUCCCCCCCGACAGUGCCUGAAGCCAAAAAGCCAUUGGAGAAAAGGGUUGCUGCAGUUUCAGAACCAGAGCAGAAGAAAGCACCCUCUUCUAAAGAAGCAGAGGACGUUCAGAAGCCUGCGGCUGUGCCCUCACCCCCUGCGGAGAAGCCUGGACUGCCAAAGAAAGAUGAGCCCAAGCCUCAGGUACCAGCUGAGCCCAAAACAGUGGCGCCUGCAGCUAAACCUGAGCCUGAGUCCAAGCUCAAACAGAGAGCAGAACCUGAACCAAAGCUUAAGCCCAAAGCAGAGCCUGAAGCCAAACCGGCGAUGAAGGUGGAGCCGGAAGCUAAGCCAGGGGCGGUAAAGAAGCCGGCUACCCCCCCCUCCAAAGUCCCCGAAGAGGCUGCAAAACCAGAGCCGGCCAAGGUCAAGCCUGAACCGGUGGUAAAACAGCCAGAACCAGAGGCUCCAAAAGCCAAACCAGAACCGGAAAAACCAAAAGCAGAAGUUCGUAAACCGGAGCCAGAACUGCCCGUUCCGAAACCUGAACCUGCGAAGGUCUCCAAACCUGAACCAGCAGUUAAAAAAGCUGAACCUGAAGUGAAAGUGCCAAAACCAGAACCGAAGCCUGCUCCGAAGGAACCUCCAAAGCAAGUUCCUGUGGAGGAAAAAAGACCUGUGGCUCCAAAAGCAGCAAAGAAACCAGAAGCUGCUGUUCCUCCCAAAGAAGAGCCGACACAGAAAGACAAAGAAGCAGAAUGCGAGGCCGAGACGAUUCCCACGACCCUUCCUGCUGCUGAUCCGUCUCCAGAAGAAGGAACAAGAGUUCCUGUGAAGGGAAUGGAGUCUCCACCACAAGUCACAGAAGCACUGGUAAAGCCAGCUGCUCCUCAAGAAGAGAGCAAACCGCUGGCGGCUGUAAACGUUCAAGAAGCUGCCAAAAAGCCUGAAGUCACAGACAAGACCAAGAAGUUAGAGAAGAAAAUAACUCCCCAGGAAGAAACAAAGCCAGUGGCCAAGCCAAAGGCUGCCGCAAAGGCUAAAGAACCAACCAGGAAGGGUGCAGAAGAAGAAAAACCAACCGCGGUAGAAAAGAUAUCUCCUGAAACAGAUCAAACCAAGGGACCCGUCCAAGCACCGGGAGGAGUCAAGAAAGAGGGAUCACCAGCAGGAGAAGCAGCAGGUGGAGGUAGAGGUAGAGGACUGAAACCCAAGCAGACCCCGUCCCCCGGAGAAGGUAGGGGCCGUGGUGUGAGGCCCGGAGGAAAGGGUCCCACGCCACCAGACGAACCGUUCGCAGGGUUCAAGCUCAAAGCCGUCCCUCUGAAGUUCAUCAAGAAGCUUCAGGACAUCUUGUUGAAGGAAGCCGAGUCCAUCGGAUCGGCUGCGGUGUUCGAGUGCGAGGUUUCGCCCUCCACUGCCAUCACUACCUGGAUGAAAGACGACUGUAACCUUCGCGAGAGCCCCAAGCACAAGUUCACCUCUGACGGCAAAGACCGCAAGCUGAACAUCAUCGAUGUCCAGCUGUCUGACACCGGGGAGUACACGUGUAUAGCCAAGAAUGCCGGCAAGGAGAUAUCAUGCAAAGCCAAGCUCAUUGUUGAAGAGCUUCCAUUGAAAUGGAUCAAGGAGCUGGAGGAGGAGACCUCGGCUAUGAAGGGUCAGCCUCUGUACAUGACCUGUGAGUUGAACAAAGAGAAGGAUGCGAUAUGGAAGAGGAACGGUGAGGUCCUGAAGAAACAGGCCGGGAAGAUUCAGAUCAACGUCAUCGGCUUGCAGCACGCUCUGACCAUCCAGAACUCCACUGAGGCCGACACCGGGCUCAUCAGCUGUGAGGUGUCCGGCCAGGAGGAUGUCAAGACCUCAUCGAAUGUCAAAAUCAUUGAAAUCAUCAGGGAUUGGAUUGUGAAACCGCUGAGAGACCAGCAUGUGAAACCAAAAGCCAACGCUACGUUUAAGUGCGAGCUCUUCAAGGAAUCCCCCAACUGGAAGUGGCUCAAAGGAGAGGAGGAGGUCACUCCUUCAGACAAGAUUGAGAUCAAGAAGGAAGGAAAGGAGGUGACACUCACCAUCAAGAACUGUCAGCCUGAGGAUGUGGCGCAGUAUUGCAUGGAGGUGGAAGGACGCCUUUACACCGCCAAUCUCACUCUAGGAGAGCGCGAGGCUGAGAUCCUGAAGCCUCUGGCCAGCGUUGAGGUGGUUGAGAAGCAGGACGCCGUGUUUGAGACGGAGAUCUCUGAGGACGAUGUUCCCGGCGAAUGGAAGCUCAAAGGAGAGGUUCUGACCAGAUCCCCGACGUGCGAAAUCCACAUGGAGCGCGGGGUGCGUAAGCUCACUCUGAAGAACUGCCAGUUGGAUCAUGCCGGAGAGGUUUCGUACCAGGCUCUGAACGCCAUGACUAGCGCGAUGCUCAACGUCAAAGAAAUCGAGAUGGACUUUGUUGUCCCGCUGAAGGAUGUUUCUGUGCCUGAAAAGAAACAGGCAAAGUUUGAAUGCACCAUCACGAAGGAUGUCUCUAAGGUCAUGUGGUAUAGAGGGGAUGACGUCAUCACCCCGGACCAAAAGUAUGACAUUAUCGAUGAUGGAAAGAAGCAUAUGCUCAUUAUAAACUGCUGCGAGUUCGAUGACGAGGACGCGUAUACAAUCGCUGUUCUGGGCAAAAUGUCCACAGCUAGACUCACGGUGGAUGGUAUCAGGCUCAAAUGUAUCUCGCCGCUAAAGGACCAAACGGUGAAGGAAGGCACGAUGGCUCGCUUUGAGCUGGAGCUCUCUCAUGAGAACAUCCCCGUCACAUGGUACAAAAACGAUGUCAAAAUCCACCCGAGCAGAACCGUGCUCAGUCACGUGGACGGGAAGAGACACGUGUUAGAAAUGAAGGAAGUGACUCUCGAUGAUACUUGUCAAAUUAAGGCUGAGGCCAAAGGGAUUCCCUCCAUGGCCAACCUGACGGUCAUAGAGGGCGAUGCGUACUUCACGGUUAAGCUGCAGGACUAUACUGCGGUGGAGAAAGACGAGGUGGCCCUAGAUUGCGAGCUCAGCAAAGACGUGGAGGUCAUGUGGUACCACAACGAGGCCGAGGUCAAACCCUCUAAGAUGGUGGCCAUUAAGGCCGAGGGCAAACGCAGAACCCUUGUCAUCAAGAAAGUUGCCGACAAAGACAAAGGACAGUACGUGUGUGACUGUGGGACAGAUAAGACGAUGGCCACGCUUCACAUUGAAGCGCGCCACAUCAAGGUGGUGCGGCCGGUGUACGGAGUUGAGGUGUUUGACGGAGAAACCGCUCGGUUUGAAGUGGAGCUCAGUGAAGACGAUGUCCAUGGACAAUGGAAACUAAACGGAGAAGUCCUCAGUCCAUCCGCCGAUGUAGAAAUCGUGGAGGACGGUGCCAAACACACUUUGGUCUUGUACAACUGCAAAGUGCCUCAAACAGGCGAGCUGGUGUUUACCGCCGCCAACGCCAAAUGCUCUGCUAACCUGAAAGUGAAGGAGCCGCCGGUCUCGUUCAUUACUCCGCUGGCUGACGUCCACGCGUACGAAAAGGACGAGGCCAAGUUUGAGCUGGAAAUGUCCAGAGAGCCCAAAAGCUUCCGCUGGCUGAAGGGAUCUCAGGAGCUGACAAAUGACGAUAAGUUUGAGAUCCAGGUGGAGGGGAAGAGACACACUCUGAUUGUGAAAUCUGCCAGAUAUGAAGACGAAGCCAAGUACAUGUUUGAGGCUGAAGACAAACGGACGUCUGGGAAGUUGAUUAUCAAAGGUAUUCGCCUCGAAUUUAUCAAGCCGAUUAAAGAUGUGACCGUGAAGGAGCGUGAGACGGCAGAGUUCAGCGUGGAACUCUCUCACGAUAAGAUCCCUGUGGUCUGGUACAAAAACGACGUCCGGCUGCACCCCAGCAAGGUGGUGCACAUGUCGGAGGACGGGAAGGUCUUCACGCUGGCCUUCAAGGAGGUCUCCAUCGACGACACCUCCAUGAUCAAAGUGGAGGCCAUGAGCAAGACCUCAGAGGCCAUGCUCACCGUGCUCGAGGGCGACCUGUACUUCACGGUGAAGCUGCAGAACUACACCGCCGUGGAGAAAGACGAGGUGGUGUUGUCCUGCGAGCUGAGCAAGGCGGCCGACGAGGUCCGCUGGUACAAAGACGGUAACGAAAUAUUUGCCUCCAAGAACGUCCUGAUGCAAGCGGACGGAAAGAGGCGCAUGCUGGUGAUCAAGAAGGCGGCGAGGAGCAGCAUCGGGUCGUACACCUGCGACUGUGGCAUCGACAAAACCACGGCCGACCUGAACAUCGAAGAGCGCGACAUUAAGGUGGUCCGCCCGCUGUACAGCGUGGAGGUCACUGAGACCGAGACCGCCAAGUUUGAGACGGAGAUCUCCGAGGAGGACCUGCACGCCACCUGGAAGCUGAAGGGGGAGCAGCUGCACCCCUCACCCGAUGUGGAGAUUAAGGACGAGGGAGCGAGACACAUCCUGGUCAUCUUCAACUGCAAGAUGGACAUGGCAGGAAGCAUCGACUUCUCCGCAGCCAACGCCAAGUCCUCCGCUCAGCUCAGGGUCAAAGCGCGGGUCAUCGCCCUGGCUCGGCCCCUGGCGGACGCCUCGGUGACCGCCGGAGAGACGGCCACCUUCGAGUGCGAGCUGUCGUACGAGGGCAUCGCCGUCGAGUGGUUCCUUGGGGGUACCAAGCUGGAGCCAAGCGACAGAGUGGUGUUGAAGUCGGAAGCUAAAGUCCACAGCCUGACUCUGAGGGACGUCAAGCUCAAUGAAGCCGGACAGAUCAAACUCACCGCCAAGGACUUCCAGACGGACGCCAACCUCAUCGUCAAAGAGCCGGCGGUGGAGUUCUCGAAGCCUCUGCAGGACCAGACGGUGGAGGAGGAGGCCACGGCCACACUGGAGUGUGAAGUGUCCCGGGAGAAGGCCGAGGUGAGAUGGUUCAAGGACGGCACGGAGAUCAGGAAGACAAAGAAGUACGAGAUGAUCGUGGACGGCCACAAGAGGGCGCUGAUCAUCCACGACUGCACGCUGGACGACUCCAGGACGUACGCCUGCGACGCCAAGCAGUUCAAGACCUCCUGCUUCCUCAACGUGGAGCCUCCACACAUCGAGUUUUCGAAGCCGCUGCACGACGUGGAAGUGAAAGAGAAGGAAUCUGCCAGGUUUGAGUGUGAAGUGUCCAGACAGGACGUCAAGGUCCGCUGGUUCAAAGACGGAAGUGAAAUCAGGAAAGGGAAGAAGUACGAGAUGGUGUCUCAGGGCCGGCAGCACGUCCUCAUCGUCCACAAGUCUGUGUUCGACGACGAGGCGGAGUACGAGUGCGACGCCAAAACCAUCAAGUCCUCCGGCAUGCUCACCGUCGUCGAGGAGGAGGCGCGCUUCAGUAAGAGCCUGUCCAGCGUGGAGGGCACGGAGACGGACAGCGUGAAGCUGAUCUGCGAGGUGUCCAAACCCUCGGCCGAGGUGCGCUGGUUCAGAGGAGACGAGGAGCUGCCGGAGGGCGGCCGCUACGAGCACAUCGUGGACGGGAAGAGGAGGAUCCUGCUGAUCCAGGACCUGAAGAUGGUCGACGCCGCGGAGUACACCUGCAGGCUGAGCGCCAGCAUCAAGACCUCCGGGACCCUCAAGAUCAACGAGCUGGCUGCAGAGUUCAUCUCGCGGCCGCACAGCGUGGAGGUGGUGGAGGGCGAGAAGGCGGAGUUCAGCUGCUCCGUCUCCAAAGACACGUUCGAGGUGAAGUGGCUGAAGGACGGCUCGGAGCUGCAGGCCGGAGGCAAGUUCAGCAUGCUGAGCGACGGGAAGAGACGCUCGCUGGUCAUCAAGGACAGCGAGCCCAAGGACGAGGGCGCCUACGUGGUGAUGAUCGGAGCGACGCGCGCCAGCGCAGACCUCACCGUGCUCGAGAAGCUGAGGAUCAUCACGGCGCUGAAGGACACGGAGGCCAAGGAGGGACAGGAAGUGGUUCUGAACUGCGAGGUGAACACAGAGGGAGCGAAGGCCAAGUGGCUGAAGAAGGAGGAGACGGUGUUCGAGAGCAGCAAGUACGUGAUGGUGCAGAGAGACAACGUGUUCUCGCUGAGGAUCAAAGACGCCCAGAAGGGAGACGAGUCCGAGUACAGCAUCAACCUGACCAAUCAGAGAGGAGAGCAGGCCAAGAGCGCCUGCAACCUCUCCGUCAAAGAGGAGAGCAUGAGGUUCGUGGUUCCUCUGGAGGAUAUCGACACUCAGGAGAAGAACACAAUCGUCUUCUCCUGCAAGGUGAACCGGCCCAACGCCACGCUGAAGUGGAUGAAGGCGGGCCAGGAGAUCGCCUUCAGUAAACGCAUCGCAUACCGGGCGGACAAAGAGAAGCACACGCUCACCAUCAAGGACUGUACGCUUGCCGACGAGGGCGAGUACACCGCCAUGGCUGGAGACAGCAAGUGCACGGCGGAGCUGAUCAUCAGCGAGGCGCCCACCGACUUCAGCAUACAGCUGAAGGACCAGACCAUCACAGAGUUCGAGGACGCAGAGUUCACCUGCAAACUCACCAAAGACAAUGCAGACCCCAAGUGGUACAGGAACGGACGUGAGAUCAGAGAAGGACCCAGAUAUACAUUUGUGAGAGAAGGGAAGAUGUGCAUGCUGCGCAUUAAGGAGUGCAGACCCGAGGAUGAGUGUGAGUACGCCUGCGGAGUCGACGACAAGAGAUCCAGAGCCCGGCUCUUCAUCGACGAGACCCCAGUGGAGAUCAUCAGACCCCCCCAGGACGCGUUCCAGGCCCCCGGCUCGGACGUAGUGUUCGAGGUGGAGCUGAACAAGGACCGCGUGGAGGUGAAGUGGCUGAGGAACAACAUGACAGUCGUGCAGGGAGACAAGUACCAGAUGAUGAGCGAGGGCAAGAUCCACCGGCUGCAGGUCUGCGAGAUCCGGCCCAGAGACCAGGGCGAGUACAGACUCGUCGUCAAGGACAAAGACGCCAAGGCCAAGCUGGAGCUCGCAGCGGUGCCUCAGAUCAAGACAACAGACCAGAGCUACGUCACUGACGCCAGGAAGCCCAUCGUCAUGGCCGUCCCGUACAGCGCCUACCCUCAGGCCGAGGCCGACUGGAUGUACAACAACCUGAGUCUGCCCAAGGACAACAUCCACACCUCAGCCGACCGCACAGAGCUCAGGCUGAAGGACCCGCUGAAGUCCGACGAGGGCCGCUACAAGAUCACCAUCAAGAACAAGCACGGGCAGGGGGAGGCCUUCAUCAACCUGGAGGUCAUCGACGUCCCUGGACCCGUGAAGAACUUCCAGGUUGUCGACACCGCCGACGGCGAGGUGAGUCUGGUGUGGGAGGAGCCUGAGAGCGAUGGCGGCGCUAAGGUCAUUGCCUACGUUGUUGAGAGACGCGACGUGAAGCGUAAGACGUGGACUCUGGCCACGGAUCACUCCGAGAGUCCGGAGUACACAGUGACCGGACUCCAGAAGGACUCCAUGUAUCUGUUCAGAGUCUGCGCCAGAAACCGGGUCGGCAGUGGACCCAACGUGGACACCGACAAACCCGUACAGGCCAAGAACAAGUUUGACGUUCCCGAGGCUCCUCUGAACGUCAUCGUUGGAAACGUGACGAAGUUCGGCUGCACCGUCUCCUGGGAUCCUCCGGAGUCUGACGGCGGCUCGCCCAUCACCUCCUUCAUCAUCGAGCUGCGCGACCGCACGUCCGUGAAGUGGACGCCCGUGCAGAUCACAAAGGCCGACGAGCUGAGCGCCAUCGUCAACGACGUCAUCGAGAACAAGGAGUACAUCUUCAGAGUGAAGGCGCAGAACAAGGCCGGCGAGGGGAAGCCCAGCGCCGCCUCGCUCCCCGUUAAGAUCAUGGACCCCAUCGAGAGGCCCAGUGCGCCCCUGAACCUGGUCUCGCAGGAUCAGAACAAGAACUCUGUGCAGCUGAGCUGGGAGACGCCGCUGAGGAACGGAGGCAGCACGAUCACCGGAUACAUCAUACAGCGCUGCGAGGAGGGAACCGACAAGUGGAUGCGGUGCAACACCCGCCUCUGCCCAGACCUCUGCUUCAACGUGUCUGGUCUGAAAUACGGGAAGAAGUACAACUACAAAGUGUUCGCUGAGAACGCCGCCGGACUGUCCGACCCGUCCAACACCAUCGGCCCCCUGCUGGCAGACGACACACACUUCGCUCCUUCCUUCGACCUGAGUGCGUUCAAAGACGGUCUGGAGGUGAUCGUGCCGCAGCCCCUCACCAUCAGGGUCCCGAUCACCGGGUACCCCACGCCCGUCGCUAAGUGGACGUUCAGAGAGAAACAGCUGAGCACCAACGAGGAGCGCGUCUCCAUGACGACCAAGUCCUCGUUCACGGAGCUCAUCGUGAUGCCGAGCGUCCGCCCCGAUAAGGGAACCUACACCCUGACGCUGGAGAACGACGUGACCUCCAUCAGCGGAGACAUCGAGGUCAACGUCAUCGCGGCGCCCAGCUCCCCGAAGGACUUCAAGGUUCUGGAGGUGACCCGGCAGCACGUGCACCUGAGCUGGGAGGCGCCGGAGCACGACGGAGGAAGCCCUCUGAUUGGGUACCAGGUGGAGAAAAGAGACCUGUCCCGCAAGACCUGGGUCAAGGUGACCGCUGGGAUCCAGGACCAGGAGCUGACGGUGACCGACGUGAUGGAGGGGAAGGAGUACCUGUUCAGAGUCACCGCCUGCAACAAGUGUGGACCGGGAGAGCCGGCGUACAUCGACGAGCCCGUCAACGUGUCCUCGCCCGCCACGAUCCCCGACCCCCCCGAGAACCUGCGCUGGAGAGACAAGUCGGCAAGCGGUAUCUUCCUGACCUGGGAGCCUCCGAAGUACGACGGCGGCGCCGGGAUCCGCGGCUACAACGUGGACCGCCUGCAGAGAGGCACCGACAAGUGGGAGCCCUGCGGAGACAUGGUCCCCGAGCUGAAGGUGCAGGUGACCGGCCUCACCGAGGGCCAGUGGUACGCCUACAGGGUCCGGGCCCUCAACAAGCUGGGGGCCAGCAGACCCUGCAAGGCCACCGACGAGAUCCAGGCCGUGGACCCCAAAGAGGCUCCAGAGAUCCAGCUGGACGCCAAGCUGCUGGCCGGCCUCACGGCGAAGGCGGGCAGUAAGAUCGAGCUGCCGGCCGAGGUGAAGGGGAAACCCGAGCCCCGCGUGAAGUGGACCAAAGCAGACCUGGUUCUGAAGGCGGAGGACCGGGUCUCCAUCGACACCACCCCCGGACACUCCACCGUCACCAUCGCCAAGACCCAGAGAGACGACAGCUCCACCUACAUCAUCGAGGCCACCAACAGCAGCGGGCGCGCCACCGCCACCGUGGACGUCAACAUCCUGGAUAAGCCCGGCCCCCCCGCGGCCUUCGAUAUCUCGGAGAUCACCAACGAGACGUGCUUCCUGGCCUGGAACCCGCCCCGAGACGACGGAGGAUCGAGGGUCACGAACUACAUCGUGGAGCGCAGAAACGUGGAUAGCGAGAUCUGGCACCGCCUGUCCUCCACCGUCAAGCAGACCACCUACAAGGCUGUGGGCCUCACCAAGUUCAAGGAGUACCUCUUCAGGGUCUUCGCCGAGAACCAGUUCGGAGUGGGACCCCCCGCGGAUCACUUGCCCAUCAUCGCCAGAUACUCCUUCGACACCCCCGGCGCUCCCUACAAGCUGGAGGCGUCGGACAUCGCCAAGGACUCGGUGACGCUGGCCUGGUACGAGCCGGACGAGGACGGAGGCAGCCCGAUCACCGGGUACUGGGUGGAGCGCUACGAGGCCGACCUCGACAAGUGGAUCCGCUGCAACAAGCUGCCCAUCAAGGACACCAACUACAGAGUCAAAGGUCUUCCCACCAGGAAGAAGUACAAGUUCAGAGUCCUGGCGGAAAAUCUCUCAGGAACCGGAAAACCCAGCGCGGAGACGGACCAGAUCCUGAUCAAAGACCCCAUCGACCCCCCCUGGGCUCCAGGUAAGCCCACAGUGAAGGACGUGGCGAAGACUUCCUGCUUCCUCAUGUGGACCAAGCCGGAGCACGACGGCGGAGCGAAGAUCGAGGGCUACGUGAUCGAGAUGCUGAAGAGCGGCACCACGGACUGGAUCAGGGUGGCCGAGAACAUCAACCUGCUGGAGCACUCCCUGAAGGGCCUGAUGGAGAAGCAGGAGUACUCCUUCAGGGUCCGAGCCAUCAACGUGGCCGGAGAGAGUGAACCCAGCGAGCCCAGCGAGCCCGUGCUCUGCAAGGAGAGACUCAACCCCCCCUCGGCACCCCGCUGGCUGGAUGUGAUGAGCGUCACCCGCAGCAGCGCUGAUCUGAAGUGGUCUCUGCCGGAGAGGACUGGCGGCGCCCCCAUCACUAACUACGUGGUGGAGAAGAGAGACGCCAGGCGUAAAGGCUGGCAGGCGGUGGACACCACGGUGAAGGAGCUGAAGUACACCGUGUCUCCGCUCAACGAGGGCUCGCUCUACGUGUUCCGCGUCGCUGCUGAGAACAGCGUCGGAGUCGGAGAGUUCUGCGAGCUCAAAGACUCCGUCAUGGCCAAGGACAACUUCUCUGCUCCCGGCCCACCCUACGCUCUCAGCGUCUUCGGCAUCUCCAAGAGAUACGUGGACCUGCAGUGGGAGGCGCCCAAGAACGACGGAGGAAGACCAAUCCUCAAAUACUCGUUGGAGAAGAAGGAGAAGCUGGGCACUCGCUGGGUGAAGUGCGGGAAGACGUCGGGUCCAGACUGUAAGUACCGGGUCACGGACGUCAUCGAGGGAACUGAGGUCCAGUUCCAGGUCAGCGCGGAGAACGAGGCGGGCACCGGACACCCCAGCGAGCCCACUGAGAUCCUGACCAUCGAGGACCCCACCGGCAUCCCCUCCCCCCCCGUGGAGCUCCAUGUCACCGGAGCCAGCCGUGACUUCCUGUCCAUCGCCUGGAAGCCCCCCCAGAGGGACGGCGGCUGCCCCAUCAGAGGGUACCACGUGGAGAUGUGUGCUGCCGGCACAGAGAAGUGGAUGAGAGUCAACUCCCGUCCCGUGAAGGAGCUGAAGUUCCGCGUGACGGCGGAGGAGGGCGUCGUUCCCGAGAAGGAGUACAUCCUGAGGGUCCGAGCCAUCAACUCUGUGGGCGUCAGCGAGCCCUCCGACCUCUCCGAGAACGUGUUCGCCAAAGAGUCCGACUGUAACCCCCAGCUGGAGUUCCAGACUCUGGACCUGGUUGUCGUGGAGACGGAGAAGCUUCACAUCCCCGUUCCCUUCAGAGCCGUGCCCUCGCCCAGGAUCACCUGGCACAAAGACGGCAAGGAGCUGAAGGCCGACGAGCGCCUGGGAUUCAGGAAGGAGUAUGUCUCCUGUCACCUGGAGGUCGACAGCAGUCUGCACUCUGACGCAGGACAGUACAAAGUGACUCUGGAGAACAAGAUGGGAGCCGCCAGCGCCGCCAUCAACGUCAAAGUCAUCGGUCUCCCCGGGCAGUGUAAGGAGAUCAUUGCUUCUGAAAUCACAAAGAACUCCUGCAAAGUGUCCUGGGAUCCUCCAAACUACGACGGAGGCAGCCCCAUCAUCCACUACGUCAUGCAGAGGCGUGAGGCCGGCCGCAGGACGUACGUGAACAUGAUGUCCGGAGAAAACAAGGUGUGCUGGAACGUCAAAGACCUGAUCCCCAACGGAGAAUACUACUUCCGGGUUCAGGCCGUCAACAAGAUUGGGGGCGGAGAGUUCAUCGAGCUGCGCAACCCCGUCAUCGCUGAGGAUCAGAAACACGCCCCGGACCCCCCGGUGGACGUGGAGACCCACAACCCGACCUCCAGCACCAUCACGCUGACCUGGAAGCCCCCGAUGUACGACGGCGGCGCCAAGAUCAUGGGCUACGUGCUGGAGAAGCAGCUGAAGGGCGAGGAGGCCUGGGGGCGCUGCAACGACUUCCUGGUGCCCGUGCUGUCCUACACCGUGCGGGGGCUGACGGAGGGCAAGAGCUACGCCUUCAGGGUCCGAGCAGAGAACCCAGCGGGGGUCAGCGAGCCGUCCAGAGCGUCGCUGCACGUCAAGAUCUCAGACGCCGUCGACCCCCCGAAGGUGUUCCUGAGCGGCAGCCUGCAGUCCGGCCUCAGUGUGAAGCGAGGCGGAGAGAUCUGCCUGAACGCCAACAUCUCCGGAUCCCCGUACCCCGAGAUCACCUGGUACUGGAACAACCAGGUGAUCCGACCCGAGGCGCUGCGCAAGAGACCCGACAAACCACUGAAGAAGAAGGUGGAGAAGAAGGAGGAGGAGAAGAAGGAGGAAAAGAAGGAGGGAGAGGCUGUGAAGAAGGAAGGAGAGGAGAAGAAAGAGGGAGAGGAGAAGAAAGAGGGAGAGGAGAAGAAAGAGGGAGAGGAGAAGAAAGAGGGAGAGCCUGAGAAGAAGGAAGGAGAGCCUGAGAAGAAGAAGGAGGAAGAGGUGAAGGAGGAGGAGGAGGAGGAGGUGGAGGAGAGCGACUACCCGACCAUAAACGAGCGUCUGUCCGUGGAUAACCGUCACCGCGGGGUUUCCUCCAUCACCAUCAGGGACUCUGUGCGCGCAGACCACGGCGUCUACAUGGUGAAGGUGGUGAACGACCACGGCAAAGCCUCGGCCAGCUGCGAGGUCAACGUGCUCGACACUCCCGGGCCUUCGGUGAACUUCCGGUUCGAGGAGGUGAGGAAGAACUCGGUGGUGUGUAAGUGGGAUGCUCCUCUGGACGACGGAGGCAGCGAGAUCCUGAACUACACCCUGGAGAAGAAGGACAACUCCAAGCUGGAGAUCGGCUGGAGCGUGGUCACCUCCACUCUGAGAAGCUGCCGCUACCUGGUGCCCAAACUCAUCGAGAAGAAGGAGUACCUGUUCAGGGUCGUGGCCGAGAACAAGUUCGGAGCGGGGCCGCACUGCGUGUCCAAACCGCUCAUCGCCAAGAACCCCUUUGAACCUCCCGAGACUCCGGAGAAGCCUGAGAUCGAUGACAUCACAGCUCAUAGCAUGCUGGUCAUCUGGACCCCGCCCAACGACAACGGCAGCCCCAUCCUCGGAUACUGGGUGGAGCGCCGCGAGAUCAACAGCUCGCACUGGGCACGUGUCAACAGGGAAAUCGUUGCCGACACUGAGCUGAACGUUGAAGGUCUCAUCGAAGGAAUGACAUACAUCUUCAGGGUGGCGGCCGAAAACCAGGCCGGCCCAGGGAAGUUCAGCCUGCCCUCCGAACCCAAGACAGCCCAGUCUCCCAUCCUACCUCCUGGACCUCCUACUUGCCGAGUGGCAAAUACCACCGACCACUCCAUCGACGUGGAGUGGGACCCACCUGCCGAUAACGGCGGAGGAGAGAUUAUGGGAUACCAAGUGGACAAGGCCAUGGUUGGUUCUAAGGACUGGUCCAGGUCCACAGAGCGCCUGUGGAAAACCCGGGCCUUCACUGUGUUUGGAGUCCGUGAGGGCGCCAAAUACCAGGUCAAGGUCAUCGCAUGCAACGCCGCUGGAGAGGGAGCACCAGGUUUCACAGAGGCCGUGUUUGUCAGGAACCCUGCAGAGAAGCCGGUGAUUGAAAUGGAACUGGCCAUCAAGGCUGGCGUGUUUAUCAGGGCCGGAGAGAACCUCCGUCUACCUGCUACAGUCACUGGUAAACCUUACCCGUCCAUCGAAUGGACCAUCGAAGACUCCAAACCCGACAAAGACCGCGUGGAGAUCCUCACUGAAGGAAACGACAGCAUCGUUUCAAUCAAGAACGUCCAGAGGAAGGACAGCGGCAAAUACCACAUCUCCGUUUGCAACCCUAGCGGCAUCAAGAAUGCUUCGACCAGAGUGGAGGUCAUGGAUGUCCCCGGACCUGUCACCGACCUGAAGCCAGUUGUAGUCACUCGCAAGAUGAUCUUCCUGAACUGGGACGACCCAGACGACGACGGAGGCAGCGACCUGAUUGGCUUCAUCGUGGAGAGAAGAGACAUCAAGAUGCACACAUGGAGGCAGCCCGUUGAAACCGCCUCGUCUAAGUGCGAGUGCGUGGGCAUCAUGGAGGGACAGGAGUACAUGUUCCGCGUCAUCGCCAAGAACAAGUUCGGCCUGGGCCCGCCCGUAGAGCUGGGACCCAUCAAGGCUGUUGACCCACAGGGUCCACCUUCAUACCCUGAGAAGUUCCACUACACCGAGCGCACCAAGAACUCCGUCACAUUUACCUGGAAACCACCUCGUAAUGAUGGCGGCAGCCCAGUCAUUGGCUACUUCAUUGAGAAGAAGAGGCAGGACGAGACAGCCUUUGUUCUCCACAAUAAAGAGAUUUGCACCAGCAUGACCAUGACUGUGGAGGGCCUGGAAGAGGACUGGCCUUAUGAGUUCAGGAUCAAGUGUGCCAACCUAAUGGGAGAGAGCGAGCCAUCCAUUCCUUUGAAUGUGGUCAUCCAAGACGAUGAAGUGUCUCCUGAGGUCCACAUGCUGAAGCACUUCAAGGGAGACUCCAUCAUCGUGAAGAAGGGCGAGCCCAUCGAGAUACCCGCUAAUAUCAUUGGUCUCCCCAUCCCUACUAUCGAGUGGACCAAGGAUGACGUGCUGAUCGCUGAAUCCACUGAGGCUCAGGUGAUAGAGACAGAGGUCACUGGCAGACUCAACGCCAGGACCAAGCUGUCCAUCCCAGCAGCCAACAGGAGGGAUCGCGGCUGCUUCACUGUGACCGCCUCAAACAACAUGGGGUCAGCCCAUCACACCAUCUCCGUCAUGGUGCUGGACCGACCAGUUCCACCCAGGAAUUUAACAGUGUCCAACAUCAGGGCCGAGUCCUGCUACUUGCACUGGGACGCACCCCUGGAUAAUGGUGGCAGCGAGCUGACCAACUACAUUGUUGAGAAGAGAGACGUGAUGACUGAUCAACCGGAGCUGGAAGAGGGACAGGAAGCACCACCUGAGCCCCAGUGGGUGGAGGUUAACAGCAGCGUCAUCGAUAGGAAGUUUGGGGUGUGGAACCUGGAGACCAACAAGUCAUACUUGUUCCGGGUCAAAGCCCAGAAUCGUUACGGUAUUUCUGACCCCUGUACAACAGAGGAAGUCAUGAUCACCGACCCAUUCGGCCUCCCUGGCCCUCCAGAGAAACCAACCAUUGCAGAAUACUCCAAGACUACAAUGACCCUGUCAUGGGAGCCUCCCAGAGACACCGGUGGCUCCAUGAUUGUUGGCUACUGGCUGGAGAAAAGAGAGAAGGGCUCUGACUACUGGGCCAAAAUCAACAAGAUGCCCGUCACCAAGAGGGGCAUGAAAGGCUGGGAGUACCAGGUGGUUCGUCUGAUCGAAGGAACAGAGUACGAGUUCAGGGUUGCUGCCAGCAAUUCUGCAGGAACUGGACCAUUCAGCGCACCGUCCGACUCUGCCUUUGCUGUCGAUCCAAUCACUCCUCCAAGCAUGCCUGCUGCACCUGAAGUCGUUGAUAAGACGAAGCACAGUGUCACACUUGCCUGGACGCCACCAGAGAAGGAUGGAGGAAGUCCCAUCAAGGGCUACAUCAUCGAGAUCCAGGAUGAGGGAUCCUCCGGAUGGCAGAGGGUCAAUGACGUGGACUCACUGGUCCCGACCACCGAGUUCACCAUGCCCAGCCUCCGCGAGCUGAAGCGCUACUACUUCAGGGUCAUUGCUGUCAACGACAUUGGCGAGUCCGACCCCAGCCCCCGCACCACCGAGGUUCUGGUUCAAGACGUCCAGCUGAUUCCUGCCAUCAACAUCGACAUGAUGGUGGAUGACCUGCUGUACGUCCGUGCUGGAGAUGCAUUCAAGAUCCCCGCCACCAUUAAGGGCCGCCCUACUCCCAAGGUCACCUGGGAGUUCACCGGCAAAGCCAAGUCCCACAAGAAGAACAAACUGCACACGCUGCCUGUCGACUCUGAGGUUGAGUCAACAGACACCACGUCCAUUGUGACCGUCCCCGUCAGUCUGAGGACACACUCUGGACGUUACACCAUCACCGCCAAGAACAAGUCUGGACAGAAACACGUCAACGUCAGGGUCAAUGUGCUCGACGUACCCGGAGCUCCUAAGGAUCUGAGGGUUACCGACAUCACCCGGUCCACCAUGAGGCUGAUCUGGAAACUGCCCGACAGCGAUGGAGGAGAGAGGAUCAAGAGCUACUUCAUUGAGAAGAAGUCUACCGCCGACAAGGCCUGGACCAAGGUGAACACCGCCUGUGCCAGCCAGGCCUUCGUGGUCCCGGGGAUGCUGGAGGGGCAGGACUACCUGUUCAGGGUCUGCGCCGAGAACAGACUGGGCUUCGGCCCGUUCACCAUCGCCGCCGACCCCGCGCGGGCCAGUGACCCCAUCUACCCCCCCGACCCCCCCACCAAGGUGAAGGUGAACCUGGUGACGAAGAGCACCGUCACCCUGACCUGGGAGGCUCCCAAGAACAAUGGCGGCUCUCCGGUGAAGCACUACGUGAUCGAGCGUCUGAGCUGGGACACCAGCGGCAAGGAGAAGGAGACGUGGAAGCAGUGCAACAAGAGGGACGUGGAGGAGCUCACCUUCGUGGUGGAGGACCUGAAGGAGGGAAUAGAGUACGAGUUCAGGGUUAAAGCCGUGAACGCAGCCGGACCCAGCAGAGCCUCGCCCACCGCCGGACCCCUGGUCAUCAAGGACCAGACAUUUGCCCCCACCAUCGUGAUGCGCGAGGCGUUGGAAGGCGAGGAGGACUGUGACAUCAGCAUCGUGGCGAAGGUGAGCGGCUGCCCGUUCCCCUCGCUCGCCUGGAGCAAAGCCAGCGUGGCGAAGCCGGAGGAGAAGGCGGCGGUGACGUACGACCAGCACAUGAACAAGCUGGUGACUCAGGACAAGUGCACGCUGCUCAUCACGCAGGCCAGCCGGCACGACAGCGCCCUCUACAGCCUGACCGCCACCAACGCUCUGGGAUCCACCUCCAAGGACCUCAAGCUCUCCGUGUUCGGCCCCCCCGGCCCCCCCGAGGGUCCCGUCACCUUCACCGAGGUGUUCGCUGAGCGCAUCGGGCUCGCCUGGGCGGCUCCGAAAGACGACGGCGGCUCGAAGAUCACGAACUAUGUGGUGGAGAAGCGCGAGGAGAGCAGGAAGUCCUGGGUCCACGUCUCCAACGACCCCAAGGACUGCGCCUACGUGGUGACCCGCCUGACCGAAGCCCACGAGUACGAGUUCAGGGUCAUGGCCCAGAACAAGUUCGGGGUCGGACCCCCGCUGGUCAGCAAGGCCGAGAAGGCCAGGAACCUCUUCACGGUGCCGGGUCAGUGUGAGAAGCCCACCAUCUCGGACGUCUCUCUGGACUCCAUGACGGUGAACUGGGACGAGCCGAAGUACGACGGCGGCUCCUCUGUGCUGACGUACAUCGUGGAGAAGAAGGAGGCGUCGGGGAAGCGCUGGGCGAGAGCCAACAGAGAAACCAUCGGCGCUUUGCCGCUCGGGAACAACUUCGAGGUGCUGAGCGUCCAGGGAGGCUGCUUCUACCAGUUCAGAGUCAUCGCUGUGAACGCUGCCGGCUGCGGCCUGCCCAGCGAGCCCUCCGACCCCGCGCUGUGCCGAGACCCCAUCUUGCCCCCCGGCCCCCCCACCCCGAAGGUGAUCGACUGGACCAAGUCCUCGGUGGAGCUGGAGUGGAUCCCGCCGCUGCUGGACGGAGGGUCGAAGGUCACCGGAUACAUCCUGGAGUUCAAGGAGAUGAACAAGGAGGAAGAGGAGAAGAAGGCACAGAGGAAGCUGCUGAUGCUGAGCAGCGACGAAGAGGAGAAGGAGCCGGAGGACGAAGGCUGGCAGAAGGCGAAGGACACGGAGGUCCGAGGCACUAAGUUCGUGGUGGCCGGGCUGACGGAGGGCGGGCUCUACAGAUUUAGGGUCAGCGCCGUGAACCCCGCAGGGCCUGGAGAACCGGGCCUGGUGACGGAGCUCAUCGAGCUCAGAGACAGAACCAUCCCCCCUGAGAUGGACCUGGACGCCUCGGUCAAAGAGAAGAUCGUGGUCCACGCCGGCGCCACCAUCCGGAUCAUCGCCUACGUGUCGGGGAAGCCGGCGCCGGAGAUCUCGUGGUGCCGCGAUGACGCAGAGGUUCCCAAGGAGGCGGCGGUGGAAAAGACCGGCAUCUCCAACUCUCUGGUGAUCAAAGACUGCAGGCGGCAGCACCAGGGCAUCUACACGCUGAGCGCCAAGAACGAGGGCGGAGAGAGGAAGAAGGCCGUCAUCGUGGAGGUCCUCGACGUCCCCGGUCCGGUGGGUCUCCCGUUCGCCGGAGAGAACCUGACCAGCGACUCGUGUAAACUCACCUGGUAUUCCCCGGAGGACGACGGCGGCUCGGCCGUCACCAACUACAUCAUCGAGAAGAGAGAGUCGGACCGGAUGGGCUGGACCUCGGUGUCGUACACCGUGACCCGGAACAACGCCGUGGUUCAGGGCCUUCUGGACGGGAAGGGGUACUUCUUCAGGAUCGCAGCCGAGAACAUCAUCGGGAUGGGACCCUUCACCGCGACGGAGCAGAUGGUGCUCAUCAAGGACCCCAUCUCGGUCCCUGAGCGCCCCGAGGAUCUCCAGAUCACGGGCGUCUCUAAGGAUUCUCUCUCCGUGUCCUGGCGCGCCCCGAAGUACGACGGCGGCUCCGAGGUGACAGAAUACGUUCUGGAGUCUCGGAUGGUCGGCCGCGACAGCUUCGUGCGGGUCGGCGCCGACACCAAGCUGCUGGACAGGAAGUUCACUCUGAGCGGACUGAAGGACGGCAGCAGCCAUGAGUUCAGGGUCGCUGCCGUCAACAAGGUGGGCCGCGGGAAGACCUCCUUCGCCACCAAACCUGUGCAGUGCAAGGACGAGAUCGUGCCGAAGCUGAUUGAGGGUCGUGACUACAUUGUGAGGAUCAUGGCUCAGAACAUGUACGGAGUCAGUGAACCUCUGCUGUCUGCAGAGUGCAAAGCUAGAGACAUCUUCAAGGUUCCUGACGCUCCCAAACAGCCGGCCAUCAAGGAAGUUUUCCAGGACUCCGCCCUGAUCAGCUGGGAGCCUCCGGCCGACGGAGGGAAGCCCAUCUCAGGGUACAUCGUGGAGAGGAAGGAGACCAAGGCCAACAGGUGGGUGCGCUGCAACACUGAGCGCAUCUUCCCGAAGGUGGAGUACUGCGUGACGGAGCUGCUGAAGGGCUGCGAGUACGAGUUCAGGGUCAGCGCCGAGAACGUGGUGGGAGCCGGAGACCCAAGCCCCGCCACCAAACCCGUGUUCGCUAAAAACCCCAUCGUGAAGCCCAGCCCCCCGCAGAAACUGGAGGUCAUCGACUUCACCAAAGAGUCCGUCACUCUGAGCUGGAAAGCCCCCGCAGACUGCGGCCGCGGGAAGAUCCUCGGAUACCUGCUGGAGUUCCAGAAGACCACCGACAACGAGUGGAGCAAGGUGAACCAGACCCCAGACUCGUGUCAGGAGACGCGCUUCAAGGUGAUCGAUCUGGAGGACGGCGUUCGCUACUUCUUCAGGGCGAUGGCAGUGAACGCCGCCGGAGAGUCAGACCCCGCCGAUCUGAGCGAACCGAUCCAAGUGCAGGACAGACUGGAGGCCCCAGAGCUCAUCCUGGACGCCGCGAUGACCCGCGAGGUGAAGGCACUCGCCGGCACCCACAUCGUUCUGAUGGCGACCAUUACGGGCGUCCCCUUCCCCUCCGUCACCUGGCAGAAGAACGAGGGUGAGGUGCCAACCCGCAUCGACAUCGACACCAACCAGACCGGCACCAAGCUGGAGAUGAGGUUCUGUCACCGCGGAGACUGCGGCGACUACACGCUGACCGUGGAGAACGCGGCCGGGUCCAAGACCGUCACCUGCACCGUGCUCGUGUUCGAUAAACCCGGUCCCAUCCAACACCUUCGGGUGUCGGACGUGCGCAGCGACUCGGCCUACCUGUCCUGGAAAGACCCCGAGGAUAACGGCGGCGUCCGCAUCACUAACUUCGUGGUGGAGAAGAAGGACGCGGCGGCCACCCAGUGGGUCCCGCUGUGCUCCACCUCCAAGAAGCGCAGCAUGAUGCUGAAGCACCUGAUGGAGGGAACCUCCUACAACUUCCGCGUGGCAGCCGAGAACCAGUACGGCCGAAGCGAAUACACGGAGACCAGUAAGGCCGUCAAGGCCAUGAACCCGCUCUUUCCCCCCGGUCCUCCCAAAGACCUGCACCACGACGACGUGGACAAGACAGAGGUGUGGUUGGUCUGGAACUGGCCUGACCGCAACGGAGGAAGUGACAUCACCGGCUUCCUGGUGGAGUACCAGGAGGAGGGAGAGAGGGAGUGGGACGAGUGGAAGACGGUGAGCAUCCCAGAGAGUCAUGUGACCGGCCUGGAGGAGGGCAAGACCUACCGCUUCAGAGUCCGGGCCGAGAACGCCAUCGGACUCAGCAGACCAGACACCACCUUGCCCAUCCUGUGCCAGGAGAAACUGGUUGCUCCCAUCCUGGAGGUUGACGUUAAGCUCACUGAAGGCAUCAUCGUGAAGGCCGGCACCACCAUCAGGCUGCCCGCCAUCAUGAGAGGAAUUCCUGUCCCCAUUGCCAAGUGGAUGGUGGAGGGAGAGGAGAUCACCAACGAGGGCAACGUCAAGAUCGAUACCGACAACUUCUCCACCGUGCUCAGCAUCAACGACUGCACCAGGAGCCACACCGGCUCCUACCUGCUCUCCGUGAGCAACCCAGCCGGAACCAAGUCCGCCGCCCUGAGCGUCACGGUGCUGGAUGUUCCCGCCGCUCCCAUCGGACCCGUCAACAUCCUGGAGGUCACUCCAGAUUCUAUGAUGAUUGAAUGGCGUCCUCCCAAGGAUGACGGUGGCAGUGCUGUCACCAACUACAUCGUGGAGAAGAGGGAGUCCAACAAGGAGACCUGGGGAGGGGUGAGCUCCGGCAGCCUCUCUACCAAAGUCAACAUCAACCGCCUCCAGAAGGGAGUGGAGUACGUGGUCCGCAUUCGUGCCCAGAACAAAAUGGGCGUUGGUGCUGCUCUGGAGAGCAAGCCCACUGUGGCCGAGCACACCUUCCUUCCUCCCAGCCCGCCAGGUACACCACAUGCCACUGAUGUCGCAGAGGACUCUGUCACAGUGGGCUGGACCAUGCCCCUGUCCGACGGAGGCAGCCAGAUCUCCGGAUACCUGAUCGAGCGCAGACACAAGGGAGGAAAGUGGAUCCGUGUGAACAGGACUCCCUGCAAAGACAUGAAGUACACAGUCCUUGGUCUGUUUGAAGGCAACGAGUAUGAGUUCAGAGUGUUUGCUGAGAAUAUCGCCGGCUACAGCAGCCCCUCUCCCACCUCUGAACUCUGCAAGCCCUGCAGACCCAUCACGGCCCCCGGCCCCCCUGUCAACCCCAAAGUUAAAGACUACAGCAAGGACACUGCCUACCUGGUGUGGACCAAACCCAACAAAGACGGAGGCAGUCCCAUCAUGGGCUACACCGUGGAAAUGAAGAAGGCUGACACUGAGGAUUGGCAAAAGGUGAACCUGGACGACUUCAUCAAGCAUUCCGCUUACACUGUGAAGGGUCUGGAGGAGGGAGCGACGUACAACUUCAGGAUCUUCGCCUCCAACAUGAUCGGAGAUGGCGAGCCCAAAGAGAUCCCGAAGUCCGUCACCGCUCAGGACAUCCUGAUCCCUCCAGAGAUCGAGAUGGACCUCUCCUGCCGCGAGCGCCUCACUGUGCGCAUCGGACACAACAUCAACAUGAUGGGCUACAUCAAGGCCCGCCCUGAGGCUGAGGUGCUUUGGUCGAAGGAGGAGGUGGUUCUGGAGAACAGCAAACGGGUCACCAUCACUCAGAACUUCCCUCUGGUCCACCUGAAGAUCAAGGAGGCCACAAGAGCAGACCAUGGUAAAUACGUCCUAAAGGCUUCCAAUGAAGGAGGCGAGGCUUCCUGCACCAUCACAGUCAAUGUGCUGGACAGACCCAGCCACUGCCAGAACCUGCACGUGACCUACGCCACCAAGGAUUCCUGCAUGCUGAACUGGGAGACGCCUGAAGACAACGGUGGAUCUGAAAUCACCAACUAUGUGGUGGAGUGCCGUGAGCCCAGCACCAGCAUGUGGUCCAUGAUCACAUCCCUCUGCACCAACCGCAAGAUCAAGGUCAAGCUGAUGGACGGCAAAGAGUACCUGUUCCGCGUCAGCGCCGUGAACAAGAUGGGCGCCGGUCCCACAACGGAGACCAAGACCCCUCUGCUGGCCAUCGACCCUAUCGAGAAUCCCGGAGAGCCUGAGAACUUCAGAGCCACGGACAUCGGUAAGAACUACGUCUAUCUGAGAUGGAGGAAGCCCGACUUUGAUGGCGGAAGCCCCAACAUUUCCUACAACCUGGAGUGCAAAUCCAAGGAUGCUGAGAACUGGGAGAAACUCAACACCACCACCCUCACUGACACCUUCUUCCUGGCUGACACGUGCAAAGAGAACCAGACCUACACCUUCAGGGUGCAGACCAUCAAUGAAGGAGGUGAAAGUGCUUGGGUGAAACUCGCUGAUAUUCUGGUAAAGGAGGAGAUCCUGAAGCCCGUCAUCGACCUGAAGUUGGCCGGUGUUCUGACGGUGAAGGUCGGAGAUUCUGUGAGGAUAGAGGCCGGCCUGAGAGGAAAACCUGCGCCGGAGGUCCAAUGGAUCAAAGAAAAGGCCGUCGGGGACAACCCCAGAAUCAGCUACGAGACCGGACCUGACUAUUCCAAGUUCCUUCUCACCAAGUCCAGACGCACGGACACCGGAAAGUUCAUCAUCACCGCCACCAACGUGGCCGGCACCUUCACGGCGUACGCUAACAUCAACGUCCUAGACGUCCCGGGCCCAGUGAGGAACCUCAGGGUCACCGGCAUCGGGGCCGACAAGUGCAGAGUGGUGUGGGACCCUCCGGAGGACGAGGGAGGCUGCGAGGUGGACAGCUACAUCCUGGAGAAAUGCGAGACCAGGAGGAUGGUUUGGUCCACGUACUCCGCCUCGGUGGUCACACCAUACUGCAACGUGAUCCGUCUAGUGGAGGGUAACGAGUACAUAUUUAGAGUGAAGGCAGAGAACAAGAUGGGCACUGGCCCCGCCAUGGAGAGCAAGCCUGUCACCGUCAAGACUCAGUUCAACAAACCUGGGCCCCCAGAAGCCCCCGACGUCACCAAGGUCAGUAAAGAAGAGAUGACCGUUGUCUGGGCUCCCCCCGAGAACGACGGAGGAAAGUCCAUCACCGGCUACAUCCUGGAGAGGAAGGAGAAGAGAGCCGUCCGCUGGGUGCCGUGCACCAAGAGCCCCAUCUCUGAGAGACGCAUGAAGCUCACCAACCUGAUCCCCAACCACGAGUACCAGUUCAGGGUGAAGGCCGAGAACGAGGUGGGCCUGGGAGAACCCAGCAAGGCCUGCAGACCCGUCGGAGCCAAAGAUCCCAUCGAGCCCCCUGGUCCCCCUGCUUUCCUGAAGGUGGGUGACAGCACAAAGAACUCCAUCACCCUGACCUGGUCCAAACCAGUGUACGACGGUGGUGCUCCCAUCAUCAACUACAGCCUGGACCUCAGGCUGAAGACCGAUGUGGACCCCGAGAACCCCUCGGUGGGCUGGAAGAGGAUCGACACCAACGGCCCGCUGGUGCUCACAGAGUUCACCAUCGGACAGCUGGACGAGAAGCUAGAGUACGACUUCAAGGUGUCCGCCCAGAACCAGAUGGGCUGGGGACGCCACGCCUACCUUAAGGAAUCCGUGUCCCCCAAGGAGAUCAUUGAGGCUCCAGAGAUCGACCUGGAUGCCAGUCUGAGGAAGGGUCUGUCUGUGAGGGCCGGCUGCCCCAUCAGGCUCUUCGCCGUCGUCAGAGGACGACCCUCACCUAAGGUCACGUGGAAACGCCUCGGCGUGGACAACGUGAUCCGCCGUGGACACGUGGACCAGGUGGACAGCAUGUCCUUCCUCGUCAUCCCCGAAAGCACCAGAGAGGAUUCUGGGAGAUACUCGCUGACUCUGUCCAACUCGGCCGGAGAGAAGGCCGUGUACGUCCGCGUCAAAGUCCUCGACACCCCCGGCCCUGUUGGCGGCCUGGAGGCAACGAACAUCACGAAGACAAGCGCGCAGCUGUCAUGGCUGCCGCCCGAUAACGACGGCGGAAGCCAGAUCCUGAACUACAUCGUGGAGAAGCGCGAGGUGGACCGGAAGACGUGGAACAAGUGCAUCGAGGACCUGAGGAAGACCAGCUUCAAGGUGUCCAACAUGAUGCCCGGCAUCGAGUACUACUUCAGAGUCACCGCCUGCAACCAGUACGGCAUCGGAGUCCCGCAGGACUCGCCCAAAUCCUACCUGGCCGUCGACCCCAUCAGUGAGCCAGACCCCCCGAAGAAGAUGGACGUGUUGGACAUCACGAAGAACAGCGCCACGCUGGGCUGGCUGAAGCCGCUCAGAGACGGCGGGGCCAAGAUCAACGGCUACGUGGUGGACUACCAGGAGGAGGGCGCCGCAGAGGACAAGUGGACGCCGUACUCCGUGGUGAAAGACAUGAGCAUUGUGGUGGUGGGCCUGAAGGAGAACACCAAGUACAAGUUCAGGGUCGCUGCCAGGAACUCAGUGGGGGUCAGUCUGGCCCGCGAGGCCGAAGGGAUCUUCGAGGUCAAAGAGCAGCUCAUGGCUCCGAAGGUGAUGACUCCGGACAUCGUGUCGGUGCGAGCCGGAUCUAAGAUGGUUCUGGAGGCCAUCGUGGCCGGGAAGCCCGCUCCCUUCUGUAAGUGGAAGCAGGGCAACGAGGACGUGCUGACCUCCGACCGCCUGUCCGUGGUGAAGACGCUCACCAGCUGCACCCUCAUCACCAAGAACGUGAAGCGGGAGGACAGCGGCUACUACAGCCUGUCCGCAGAGAACAGCAGCGGCAGGGUCAACCAGAUCAUCAAGGUCACCGUCAUGGAUAUCCCCGGGCCCCCCGAGGCCCCCCUGGAGGUGACGGAGGUGGAUGUGGACGGAUGCACCCUGCUUUGGGGGUCGCCCCAGGAGGACGGAGGCAGCAACAUCACCAACUACAUCGUGGAGAAGUGUGACGUGAGCCAGGGAGACUGGACCAUGCUCACCUCCUCCUGCACCAAGACCAGCUUCAAGGUGCCCAAGCUGUGUCUGGGCAAAGAGUACGGCUUCAGGGUCCGCGCAGAGAACAGGUUCGGCGUCUCAGCGCCCAUCUACUCCGAGAAGAUGAUCGCCAGGUGUCCGUUCGACCCCCCCAGCGAGCCCCUGAAUCUGCAGAUCAACAGGAUCAACAAGGACUACGUCAUCCUGUCCUGGGAGCGCCCCAGCAGCGAUGGAGGCUCCCCUCUGACAGGGUUCGUCAUCGAGAAGAAGGAGCGUAACAGCCUGCUGUGGAUGAGGGCCAACGAGUCGUUGGUGAAGGCCACGCAGUACACGUGCACCGGGCUGAUGGAGGGCGUGGAGUACAUCUUCAGGGUGGCCGCGCUCAACUUGGCCGGACAGGGGAAACCCUGCAAGCAGACCGACAUCAUCAUCGCCAGGACCGCCAUCGACCCCCCCGGUAAGCCCGAGGUGAUGGACGUGACGAAGCACUCGGUGUCUCUGGUGUGGAGCCGCCCGACGAACGACGGCGGCAGCAAGCUGAUCGGAUACUACAUGGAGUACAUGAAGCUGCCGGAGGAGAAGUGGACGCGCUGCAACGCCAACUGCAUGAACAUCCAAUCAGAGAGCUACACGGUGAGCGGGCUGGACGAGGGCCAGCAGUACCAGUUCAGGGUUAUCGCCAGGACCGCCAUCAACACCAGCCUGCCCUCCGAGCUGUCGGACAAGAUCCCCGUCAUCGCAGAGCACGUCUCCCCCCGCGUGGACCUGGGUCUGGAUAUGAAGAACCUGAUCGUGGUGAAGGCCGGAGAGAACGUGUCCAUGGAUGCUGAGGUGUUCGGCAAACCAAUGCCCAAAGUGACCUGGAUGAAGGACAGCGCUGUGGUGCACGUGGAGGGCAUGAAGCUGAGCCAGAAGAAGCACCACUACAUGCUGGACCUGUUUUGCGUCACCAGGAAAGAGUCCGGUGACUACAGCAUCCACGCAGAGAACCCCAGCGGGUCCAAGUACGCCACCAUCAAGGUCAAGGUGCUCGAUAAACCCGGCCCCCCCGCCUCGGUGAAGAUCGCCAAGGUGUUCUGUGACCGUGUGAAGCUGCGCUGGGAACCCCCCAUCGCUGACGGAGGAUCAGAGAUCACAAACUACAUCAUCGAGAAGAGAGAGACCAGCAGAGCCAACUGGGCUCUGGUGAGCUCCAACAUCCACGGACACAUCACGGACUCUCUGGUGGAGAAACUCAUCGAGGGCCACGAGUACGAGUUCAGGGUCAGCGCGGAGAACCAGUACGGGGUGGGAGACGCCAUCAUGACCGACCCCGUCAUGGUGAAGAACCCCUACGAUGUCCCUGGGCCCUGCGAGCCGCCCGUCAUCACCAACAUCACCAAGGACUCCAUGACGGUGAGCUGGAAGGCGCCAGCAAACGACGGCCGCGCCUCCAUCCUGGGCUACAUGGUGGAGAGGCGCGAGGCCACAGAGCUGGCCUGGGCCAAGGUCAACCGACGACCCGUCAUCGACCGCUCCAUCAAGGCGGUGCAGCUGAGCGAAGGGUCCGAGUACGAGUUCAGAGUCAUCGCGCUCAACAAGGCGGGGCCGGGGAAACCCAGCGACGCCUCCAACGCCGCGCUGGCCGUAGACCCCGUCUACCCCCCUGGUCCUCCUGCCUUCCCGAAGGUGGUGGACUCGACCCGCUCCUCCGUCAGCCUCAGCUGGUCCAAGCCGGCGUACGAUGGCGGCUGCGAGAUCAUCGGCUACCUGGUGGAGUGUAAGCGUGUGGACGGAGAACACUGGAACAAGUGCAACAUCCCCAAGAAGCUGCAGGAGACGCGCUUCCUGGCGACCGGACUGAUGGAUGACGCGGAGUACCAGUUCAGGGUCAUCGCCGUCAACAAGAUCGGCUUCAGCGAGCCCAGCGAGGUCCCCGGGAACCACACGCCCAAAGACAUCCUGAUCGCCCCUGAGGCGGAGCUGGAUGCUGACCUGAGGAAGGCUCUGGUCCUGAGGGCGGGGGUCACCAUGAGGGUCUACGUCCCUCUGAGGGGCCGCCCGGCACCCAAAGUGACGUGGUCCAAGGCGGACGCCAACCUGAAGGACCGGCAGGUUCUGAUCAAGACGUCGGAGUGGGACACGCUGCUGAUGAUCGAGGACGUGAACAGAUACGACGCCGGGAAGUACAUCCUGACUCUGGAGAACAGCAGCGGCUCCAAGAGCUACACCAUCGUGGUCAAAGUGCUCGAUUCCCCCAGCCCCCCCCUGAACCUGACAGUGAAGGAGACUUCAAAGACCCACGUCUCCAUCACCUGGGACGCCCCCCUGCUGGACGGCGGCUCCCCGGUGAAGAGCUACGUGGUGGAGAAGCGUCUGGCGGACAGGAAGGCCUGGACCUGCGUGGCCCCCACCUGCCACAAGAUCUCCUACAGGGUGACGGGCCUGGAGGAGGGGCAGGCGUACUGCUUCAGGGUGCUGGCCGAGAACGCGUACGGCAUCGGGGAGGGCUGCGAGACCGCCGGCAGCGUGCGGGCCUCAGAGCAACCGGGCCCCGUGGCGGAGUUCAAGGCCACAAAGACCACGAAGGACUGCAUCGUGCUGGCCUGGAAGAAACCGCUGGUCGACGGCGGCAGCUUCGUCACGUCUUACAUCCUGGAGCAGAGCGAGGGCGAGGACAAGUGGACGGAGAUCCUGAAGGGCAAGACCACCUCCCACACCAUGGGGGGGCUCACCGAGGGCACCGAGUACCUGUUCAGGGUCAAGGCCCUCAACCAGUCUGGGGAGGGACCGCCAUGCGAGCUCACCGUUAUCGCCAAGGACCAGUUCGUGCUGCCUGACUGCAACCUGAGUGCCCUGCAUGACGGCUGCUGCGUGGUGAAGGAGGGCAGCACCACCCGCAUCAACAUCCCGCUCAUCGGCACCCCCAUCCCCACCGUCACCUGGAAGAAGGGCGACACAGGGAUCGGCGACACCGGCAGGAUGUGUGUGGAGUCGUCUACGGGCGUCACCACGCUGCUGAUCAGAGACUGCCAGAGAGGAGACGCCGAGACCUACAAAAUCUACGUCCGCAACAACGCCGGCUCCAAGGAGUGCAAGUUCACCGUGAAGGUGGUGGGCAAACCCGGCAUCUGCACCGGACCCAUCAAGUUCGACGAGAUCACGGCCGACGGCAUCACGCUGGAGUGGGGCCCGCCCACAGAUGAUGGUGGCGCGGAGGUGUCCAACUACAUCGUGGAGAAGAGAAGGACCACGGACAACAAGUGGGCCACGGUUGCAUCCGCUAUUCAGAAGACCAGCAUGAGGGUGAUCCGGCUGCACGACGGCGCGGAGUACAUCUUCAGAGUGUUCGCAGAGAACAAGUACGGGGUGGGCGAGUGCCUGAGGUCCGAGCCCGUCAUCGCACAGCAUCCCUUCAAUGUGCCCGAGGCUCCUGCUCCUCCAGUAAUAGCAGAAAUUCGCCAUGAGAUGGCCAUGUUGACCUGGAUGGAUCCAAAGGAAACCGGUGGAUCCCCAAUUACUGGGUUCCACGUGGAGUUUAAGGAGAGGAACAGCCUGAUGUGGAAGCGAGCGACGAAGACUCCUCUGAGACUGAGGGACUGCAGAGUCACCGGCCUGAUCGAAGGACUGGAGUACGAGUUCAGAGUGAUGGCCAUGAACAUGGCCGGCCUCGGCAGACCAAGCAGGGUCACAGAGGCUGUGGUUGCCCUUGAUCCUAUUGAUCCUCCUGGUAAGCCUGAAGUGAUCAGCAUCACCAGGAACACGGUCACUCUCAUGUGGACCGCUCCCAAAUAUGAUGGCGGCCACAAGUUGACCGGCUACAUGGUGGAGAAGUUAGAGGCUGGCGGCAAGGCCUGGUUGAAGGCCAAUCACGUCAACAUCCAGGGCUGUGCCUUCACCGUCACCGACCUGACGGAGGGAGCUCAGUAUCAGUUCUUGGUCAAGGCCAAGAACUCUGCUGGAGCUAUCAGUGUUCCUUCAGAGACCACUGAGCUCGUGGCUUGCAGGGAUGAAUACGAGCCCCCGACCAUCACUAUUGACCCGGACAUGAAGGACGGCGUUUCAGUGAAGGCAGGGGACACCAUCGUGAUCAGAGCCUCCAAGAUUUUGGGCAAACCUCUCCCCACUUCUGCGUGGUCCAAGGGAGGCCGUGAGUUUAAGAGCUCUGAGAUCGUCUCCAUCACCACAACCCCCACCUCCUCCACUCUGUCAAUCAAGUACGCCAGCCGGAAGAACACCGGAGAGUACACCAUCACCGCCAGCAACCCCUUCGGCAUUAAGGAAGAACGCGUGAAGGUGAAGGUCCUCGACGUGCCCGGACCUCCAGGCCCCAUUGAAGCCAGUAACAUUUCCGCUGAGAAGUGCACUCUGACCUGGCUGCCACCAGACGAGGACGGAGGCUUCUCCAUCAAGUCCUACACCCUGGAGAAGAGAGAGACCAGCCGCCUGCAGUGGACCAAGCUAGCAGAAAACAUCAUGGACUGCAGACAUAUAGCUGCCAAACUGAUCAAAGGCAACGAGUACAUCUUUAGAGUGUGUGCCGUGAACCAGAUUGGCACUGGUGACGCCAACCAAUCUGGUCCAGUAAAAAUGAUUGACAGCUUCCGUGCACCAGGACCACCCUCAAUCCCAGAGGUUGAUAACAUCAGUAGGAAUGCUGUCACCAUUUCAUGGAGGAGACCAGUACAAGACGGUGGAAGUGACAUUAGAGGAUAUAGUGUAGAGAGGAAAGAGAGGAAAGGAAUGAGAUGGGUGAGGGCCUCCAAGAGGACAGUCCCUGACCUGCGUUUUAAGGUGCAAGGCCUGACUGAAGGAGUAGAGUAUGAGUUUAGAGUGACUGCAGAGAACAAGGCUGGAUUUGGGGAGCCAAGUGAGCCAUCGGCAUCUGUGAUGACCAAAGACAUUGUCUAUCCCCCUGGACCUCCAUCCAACGCCAGACUCAUAGACACCACAAAAACCACAGCUUCCUUAGCCUGGGGCAAACCCCACUAUGAUGGCGGUCUUGAAGUAGAUGGAUAUACUGUUGAGUACAAAAAGGAAGGUCAUGAUGACUGGGAGGUAGAGACACCGUAUCCAGUGAAAGUUACAGAAUACGUUAUUGGCAAACUUCAGAAAGGAGGGAAAUACUACUUCAGGAUUAUCGCUGUAAACUCAGAGGGAGUUGGUGAGCCUGCAGAGAUUGAGAACGUGACUGAACUGGUGGACCAAGAGUCGCUGCCAGACUUUGAGCUGGAUGCUGAAUGCAGGAGAACCCUGGUGGUCAGAUGCCGUGCUUCAAUCCGGUUGUUUGUACCAAUUAGAGGUCGUCCCGUUCCUGAAGUAACCUGGAGCAAAGAUGAUAGCAACCUGAAACAACGUGCACACAUCGACACCACAGAGUCCUACACCCUCCUGGUUGUUCCUGAGUGCACCAGAUACGAUGCUGGAAAGUACAACCUUUGCCUUGAGAAUGUUGCCGGAAAGAAGACAGGCUUUGUUAAUGUGAAGGUUUUGGACACACCAGGACCACCAGUUAACGUCAUACCUAGAGAGAUCACUAAGAACAGCAUCACCCUCCAGUGGGAAAUCCCCAUUAUCGAUGGUGGUUCUAAGAUCCAUAGAUACGUUAUUGAAAAGAGAGCGGCCACCAAGAAGGCCUACACAGUGCUCAGCACUACGUGGCAGAAGUGUUCCUUCAAGUUUACAGACCUUGAGGAGGGAGCAUACUACUACUUCCGUAUCUCUGCUGAGAAUGACCUGGGCAUAGGCGAACCCGCUGAAUCCCCUGAGCCAAUCAGGGUGUCCCAGUCCCCCUCUGCACCAGAGAACUUGUACGUCACUGAUGUGACAGCUGACAGCGCCAGCCUGUCAUGGACCAAACCCCUGCACGAUGGUGGCAGCUUGAUCACUGGAUACGUUAUUGAAUCCCAGAAGAAAGAUGGGGAGUGGGUCCAUUCAGCCGCCAUCAAGGCACUGGAUUACACUGUCACAGAUCUGGUCGAGGGUGCAGAAUAUACAUUCCGCAUUAUGGCCGUCAAUGCAUCAGGCAGGAGCGACCCACGUGAGAGCAGGCCUGCCAUUAUCAAAGAGCAGACUUCAGCUCCUUCCUUUGACCUGCGUGGAAUCUACCAGAAGACGGUCAUUGCCAAGGCAAGGGACCGCCUCAAGGUGGAGAUUCCUGUUCUUGGCAAACCCAGACCUGUGGUUUCCUGGAAGAAGGGACAAAUAGCGCUCAAGGAGACACAAAGAAUCAACGUUGAAACCACACCAACAUUAACUAUCCUGAACAUCGGUGAGAUCAAGAGGAGCGAUGGAGGCCCGUAUUCCGUGACUGGAAAGAACAUGCUGGGUACAGUGACUGAGACAAUCACAGUCCUGGUCCACGACAUUCCCGGUCCUCCCACUGGACCCAUCAAGCUGGAGGAAGUCUCAUGUGAUUAUGUUCUCAUGUCCUGGGAGGCACCAGAGAAUGACGGAGGUGUUCCUAUCAACAACUAUAUUGUUGAAAUGAGGGACACUACUGGUACUUCCUGGAUGGAGCUGGCAGCAACAGUUAUCCGCACCACAUUCAAGGCAGCCAAACUCAACACUGGAACAACAUAUCAGUUCCGUGUCAAGGCCCAGAACAGAUAUGGCAUUGGACCAUGCAUUGUCUCUGAGCAAGUGGUUGCUGCCUAUCCAUUUGAUGUGCCAGGCCAGCCAGGCACUCCUGUGGUCACAUCUUUCAACAAGGAUGCAAUGACUCUGAGCUGGAAUGAGCCUUCCUCUGAUGGAGGCAGUGUCCUCAUUGGCUAUCAUGUCGACAGAAAAGAGAAAAACAGCAUUCUGUGGCAGAGGAUUAGCAAAGGUCCUGUUGUUGGAAAUAUCUUCAAAUCAACCGGACUUGUUGAUGGAAUUGCAUAUGAACAUCGUGUUACUGCUGAAAACAUGGCCGGUCUCAGCAAACCAAGCAAACCCUGUGAAGCUGUGUAUGCUUUGGACCCAGUCGACCCACCAGGCAGACCUGUGGCACUGAAUGUCACCAGACAUGAGGUGACUGUGUCAUGGACCAGACCGGAGGGAGAUGGUGGAUUCUCCAUCACUGGAUACACAGUAGAGAAGAGAGAGAUGCCCAACGGACGCUGGCUCAAAGCCAACUUCAACAACAUCCUAGAAACCAUCUACACUGUCAGUGGUCUGAUUGAAGAUGCUACUUAUGAGUUCCGUGUGUUUGCCAGAAAUUCAGCUGGUGCUCUUAGUGCUCCAUCCCAGUCAUCGGAGGCAAUUACAUGCAGAGAUGACCUGGAAGAACCCAGGCUUGAUGUUGACUCAUCGUAUAGCAGCACUAUUGUUGUUAUGGCAGGAGAGUUGUUCAAGCUGGAGGCCAAUGUUACUGGCAGGCCACUUCCAUCUCUGGUAUGGACCAAGGAAGGAAAGGAGCUUUUGGAUACAGGCAAGCUGGAGAUAAAGUCAACUGAUUUCCACACAGUUCUUACAAACAAAGAUUCCCUGAGGAAGGACGGAGGUGUCUUUAUUCUGACUGCCAGCAAUCCUGCAGGCUUUGCCAAGUUCACCUUCAAUGUCAAGGUGCUGGACAGACCCGGACCACCAGACUCCCUCACUGUUACUGACGUCACUGCUGAGAAAUGUGUCCUUAACUGGCUGCAUCCAUCACAUGAUGGCGGCGCCAAGAUCGAGUACUUUGUCAUACAGAGGCGAGAGACAAGUAGGUUGGCAUGGACAAAUGUGGCCACGGAACUUCAGGCAAACAGGUUCAAGGUCACUAAGCUUCUGAAGGGCAAUGAAUAUGUCUUCAGAGUCAUGGCUGUUAACAAAUAUGGCGUGGGUGAGCCCCUGGAGUCUCAAGCUAUCAUCUGCACCAACCCCUAUGUCCCCAGCGACCCCCCACAGCAGCCUGAAGUCACCACCAUUACAAGGGACUCCAUGGUCGUCUGCUGGGAACGCCCUGAACACGAUGGAGGCAGCGGAUUGAACACCUACAUUAUUGAGAGAAGGGAUAAGACUGGCAUGCGCUGGGUGAAAUGCAAUAAGAGGACUGUCACUGACCUGCGUUUCAAGGCCUCGGGCCUCACACCAGGACAUGAAUAUGAAUUCAGAGUUUUUGCAGAAAAUAAUGCUGGUCUAAGUCAGCCUAGUCCCUCCAGUCCAUUUUACAAAGCCGAAGACACCAUUUUCCAGCCUGGACCUCCAGGGAACCCAAGAGUGCUGGACACAACCAAAUCAUCCAUCACCCUUGCCUGGAACAAGCCUGUAUAUGAUGGUGGUUCUGAAAUCACUGGUUACAUUGUGGAGACCUGCCUGCCUGAGGAGGAUGAGUGGACAAUACACACUCCCAAGAAGGGAUGGACAGCCACUUCCUUCACUAUUAUCAACUUGAAGGAAAACCAAGACUACAAAAUAAACAUAUGUGCCACUAAUUGUGAGGGAGUUGGAGAGCCCGCUGCUGUUCCUGGAACCCCCAAGGCUGAAGACAGACUGCUUGCUCCAGAGAUUGAACUAGGAGCAGAGCUGCGUAAGGUUGUUGCCAUCAGAGCCUGUAGCACACUCAGACUCUUUGUUCCUAUUAAGGGCAGACCUGUGCCUGAAGUUAAAUGGUCGAGGGAGCAUGGAGAAUCCCUGGACAAAGCCAUCAUUGAAAUCACCUCAUCAUUCACUACUCUUCAGGUAGAAAAUGUUGACAGGUUUGAUGCAGGCAAAUACCUGGUAACUGUAGAGAAUGCCUCAGGAAGCAAAACAGCCUAUGUUAAUGUCAGGGUGCUCGACACUCCUGGAGCCGCUCAGAAUCUGAUCGUCAAAGAGAUCACUAGAGAUUCAGUUUCCCUCGUUUGGGAUGCACCACUCAUUGAUGGUGGCUCCAGAGUUCGCAACUACAUUGUGGAGAAGCGUGAGUCAAACAGAAAGGCCUACUCAACAGUCUGUGCUAGCUGUCAUAAGUCUAGUUGGAAAAUAGGAGACCUUGAGGAAGGAAAGAUGUACUUCUUCAGAAUCCUGGCUGAGAACGAAUACGGCGUUGGCCUCCCAGUGGAGACUGUUGAACCACUUAAAGUGUCAGAGAAGCCUCUUCCACCAGGCAAAGUUACCCUUCUUGAAGUUACCAGCUCCAGCGUCUCACUAUCUUGGGAAAAACCUGACCACGACGGUGGCAGCAGAAUCUCAGGCUAUAUUGUUGAGAUGCAGGGUAAAGGCAGUGAGAAGUGGACCCAGGUCAUGGUGGUAAAGACCGCUUCGGCUGUUGUAACUGGCCUCACACGGGGAGAGGAGUAUAUGUUCCGCAUCUCAGCCACUAAUGAAAAGGGAGUAAGUGACCCACGUCCUCUUAGUGUGCCUGUGGUGGCUAAAGACCUAGUUAUCACACCAACCUUCAAAAUGGUGUUCACCACAUACAGUGUGCUAGCAGGAGAUGAUCUGAAGAUAGAUGUACCAUAUGCUGCAUGUCCCAAGGCUACAGCAACUUGGCUCAAAGAUGGCAUUGCUCUUAAGGAGACAACAAGAGUUAAUGCUGAAGCAUCAGACAAAAACCUUCACCUGGUUAUCAAGGAGGCUUGCAGAGAUGAUGUGGGCACAUACACUAUCAAACUGAUCAACGCUGUUGGAGACGCAUCCGCAGACAUCAGUGUAGUUGUUCUAGAUAAGCCUGGUCCACCAACCGGCCCAAUUAAGCUGGAUGAAGUCACUGCUGACAGCGUGGUCCUGUCCUGGAAUCAACCAGAGUAUGACGGUGGUUGUGCCAUCAACAAUUACGUUGUUGAGAAGAGAGAUACAUCUACCACAAACUGGCAGAUUGUGUCAGCAACUGUGGCCAGAACCACUAUCAAGGCAGCCCGUCUGAAGACUGGAAUUGAGUAUCAGUUCAGGAUUGCUGCAGAGAACAGAUAUGGCAAGUCCUCAGUCCUGCUCUCUGAGACAAUUGUUGCUCAGUAUCCAUUUGAAUUGCCAAGCCAACCAAGUUCUGUUGAGGUCCAGUCAGCCACCAAGGAGAGCAUGGUGGUUGUAUGGGAAAAACCCAGCACUGAUGGUGGAAGCAAAAUUCUGGGCUACCACUUGGAACUCAAAGAGAGAAACAGUUUAAUGUGGGUGAAACAGAACAAACAAAUAAUCCCAGACACCAGAUAUAAGGCCGUUGGUCUUGAGGAAGGUAUUGAGUAUGAAUUCAGAAUCUAUGCCGAGAACAUUGUUGGCCUCAGCAAAGCCAGCAAACUGAGUGAAAUGCAAGUGGCAAGAGAUCCUUGUGACAGACCAGGAAAACCAGAGGCUGUCAUUGUAACAAGAAGCCAAGUGACACUCAGAUGGACAAAACCUGAGUAUGAUGGUGGCAUCAUGAUCACAGGCUAUGUGGUUGAGAAGAAGGAAGGAUCUGGCCGCUGGAUGAAGGCCAGUUUCGCCAACGUCAUUGACACACAAUUUGUUGUCACAGGACUUACUGAAGAUCAGGUUUAUGACUUCCGUGUCAUCGCCAGGAAUUCAGCAGGUGUCUUCAGCAAGCCCUCUGAUACUACUGGGGAAAUUACUGCCAGGGAUGAGGUUGAUCCACCCAAGAUCGAAUUAGAAUCUAAAUACUCCCAGGCUGUGGUUGUAAAUGCUGGCGAGACAUUCAGUCUUGAGGCUGCCAUCUAUGGCAAACCUGUGCCCACAUUGACCUGGCUAAAGGAAGGUAAAAAGAUGGCUGAAGCAGCACGCCUAGAGCUCAAGAACACAGACUUUAAAGCUCACUUAACUGUGAAAGAAGCAAUCCGUGUUGAUGGAGGUCAGUACACCUUGCUGGUAAAAAAUGUUGGAGGCGAGAAAUCAGUAAACAUCAAUGUCAAGGUCCUGGACAGACCAGGUCCACCUGAUGGCCCUAUCUCCAUCUAUGGGGUCACCAAUGAGAAAUGCAGCAUUGCCUGGAAAUCUCCUCUCCAAGAUGGAGGAAGCGAUAUCUCCCAUUACAUUGUUGAGAGGAGGGAAACCAGCAGACUGGUUUGGACAGCAGUUGAACAAAAAGUUCAGACACUGAACCUGAAAAUCACAAAACUACUUCCUGGUAACGAGUACAUCUUUAGAGUGAUUCCAGUCAACAAAUAUGGAGUUGGUGAGCCUCUGGAAUCUGAAGCCAUGAUUGCCAAAAAUCCAUUUGUCACUCCCAAUGCGCCAAAAGAGGUAGAAGUCUCCACAAUCACCAAAGACUCUAUGGUGGUGACCUGGGAGAGACCAACUAGUGAUGGUGGAAACUCUAUCCAGGGAUACGUUGUUGAGAAACGUGACAAGGAUGGUGUGAGAUGGACCAGAUGCAACAAGCGUACAGUUAGUGAGCUCCGCUUUAGAGUAACAGGGUUGCUUGAAAACCACAGCUAUGAAUUCAGAGUUUCUGCUGAAAAUGCUGGAGGUGUUGGCACACCUAGUGAACCAACAGUGUAUUACAAGGCAUUGGAUCCGAUCUUCAAAGCAGGCCCACCAAACAACCCCAAGGUGAUGGACACAUCCAGGUCCACUGUCUCCCUGACAUGGGGUAAACCUAUCUAUGAUGGUGGCUGUGAGAUUCAGGCAUACAUUGUUGAGGCCUGCAAUCAAAUAUCCGAUGAGUGGGUUAUGUGCACUCCUCCAACUGGAAUCACAGAAACUAAGUUCACAGUAAAAAAGCUUCUGGAGAAGCACGAAUACACAUUCAGAGUGUGUGCUAUCAACAAAGUUGGAGUUGGGGAGCAUGCUGACGUUCCAGGGAAAAUUCUUCUGGAGGAGAAGCUUGAAGCUCCUGAUCUUGACCUUGAUACUGAUAUGAGAAAGAUGAUCAACAUAAGAUCAGCAAGCACUCUCAGGCUGUUCGUUCCUGUGAGAGGUCGUCCAGCUCCUGAGGUGAAAUGGGGCAAGGCUGAGGGCGAGAUUAAGGAGACUGCCAUGAUUGACAAUACAGGCAACUAUGCUUCACUUGUCAUUGAUAAUGUUGACAGAUUUGAUACUGGCAAGUACACACUGACUGCAGAAAAUGCCAGUGGAGUGAAGUCAGUAUUCAUUAGUGUCAGAGUCCUGGACUCACCUGGUCCACCAGCUAACUUCAUGGUGAAAGAGAUUACCAAGAAUUCUGUUACUCUCACCUGGGAGCCUCCAAUUCUGGAUGGUGGUUCAAAGGUUAAGCACUAUCUUGUUGAGAAGCGUGAGAGCACCAGGAAAGUCUAUUCUACCAUCACAACCUGCAACAAGAUGACCUGGAAAGUUGAGCCACUUCCAGAGGGUGGAAUCUUCUUCUUCAGAGUCGUGGCUGAGAAUGAAUAUGGUGUGGGUCUCCCUGCUAAAACUAUAGAGCCAGUUAAGAUAUCCGAGAAGCCUCAGCCCCCUGGUAAAGUCAGUGUUGUUGAUGUCACUUCUAAAACUGUAACUCUCACCUGGGAGAAGCCUGAACAUGACGGUGGCAGUAGAAUCAGCUACUAUGAAGUCGAAAUGUCAGCUAAGGAUAGUGAAGCUUGGUCUCUGUGUGCUAGUGGAAAGUCACUGGAGACUGUAGUAACAAACCUUCGCAAGGGAGAGGAGUACAUGUUUAGAGUGAUUGCCGUAAAUGACAAGGGCAAAAGUGAUGCCAGACAACUGGCUCAGACUGUUUUAGCUAAGGACCUUGUGAUUGAGCCUUCUGUUAGACCCAAAAUGAGCACCUACAGUGUCCAGGUGGGUUAUGACCUCAAGAUAGAGGUCCCAACUGCUGGUCACCCAAAGCCUACCAUCACUUGGACCAAGGAUGGAGCAGCCCUUAAGCAGACCACCAGAGUCAAUAUCACUGACUCUGCACGCACCACCACUCUCACCAUAAAAGAUGCAACAAGGGAUGAUGGAGGCAUGUACAGCAUCAAUAUUGCCAAUGCCAUGGCUUCCAAGGAUGCCACUAUUGAAGUGAUAACCCUGGACAAACCUGGCCCAGCAACAGGCCCUGUAAAAUUGGAGGAUGUCAGUGCUGAGAGUUUAACUCUGACCUGGGAACCUCCUACAUAUACAGGUGGCUGCCCAAUCUCCAACUAUGUGGUUGAGAAGAGAGACACAACCACAACCAACUGGGUUGUUGUUUCAGCAACUGUGGCCAGAACGAGUCUAAAAGUGGCCAAUCUGAAAACAGGCAGUGAAUAUCAGUUCCGAAUCUAUGCUGAGAAUAAAUAUGGAAAGAGCUAUGCAAUUGAUUCAGAGCCUGUUUUGGCACAGUAUCCGUUCCAGGAGCCUGGACCACCAGGAACACCAUUUGUGUCUUUGUACUCUAAAGACUUUAUGGUGGUUGAGUGGCACAAACCUCCAACUGAUGGAGGCAGUGCCAUCUUGGGAUACCAUCUGGAGAGAAAGGAGAAGAACAGCAUUCUUUGGACCAAGAUCAACAAAAUGCUAAUCCAAGACUGCAGGUACAAAUCUACUCCUCUUGAAGAAGGCAUUGAGUAUGAGUACAGAGUCUAUGCUGAGAAUAUUGUUGGCAUUGGAAAAUGCAGCAAAGUCUCUGAGGUUUAUGUAGCUCGUGACCCAUGUUAUCCUCCUGGCCGCCCUGAGGCUGUGAUUGUGACCAGGCACUCAGUGAAGCUGAGGUGGACAGCUCCAGAGUAUAAUGGCGGAAGCUUAAUUACUGGCUACGUAGUGGAGAAGCGUGACCUUCCCGAAGGAAAGUGGAUGAAGGCCAGCUUUGCAAACGUCCUUGACUACGAAUUUACAGUUAGUGGCCUGACAGAAGACAACAAAUAUGAUUUCAGAAUAAUUGCAAGGAAUGGAGCUGGUGCUAUCAGCAAGCCCUCUGAAAGCACGGGAUCCAUCACAGCCAAGGAUGAAGUCGACCCACCCAAGUAUGAGACUGAUUCUAUGUACAACCAGACAAUUGUUAUCAAUGCUGGAGAGAAUUUCAAUCUGGAGGCAAGUGUUGGAGGAAAGCCCAUCCCCACAGCUCAGUGGUUCAAGGGAUCUGUUGAAGUUGAAAACUCAUCAAGAGCUGAGAUCAAAAACACAGACUUUAAGGCUUUGCUUGCUGUGAAGGAUGCCAUUAGAGUGGAUGGUGGACAGUACACACUUGUUCUGACUAAUGUGGCUGGAUCAAAGACUGUCCCAUUCAGUGUGAAGGUCCUGGACAGACCCGGCCCACCAGAGGGACCUCUUACUGUCAGCAAUGCCACAGAGGAGAAGUGCUCACUGUCAUGGCUGCCACCCAGGCAUGAUGGAGGAGCUGGCAUUUCUACCUAUGUCAUUCAGAAGAGAGAAACCAGCCGCCUGGCAUGGACUGUUGUUUCCAGUGACUGUGGUGCUACCAUGUUCAAGGUUACCAAACUGUUGAAGGGCAAUGAGUACAUCUUCAGAGUCAUGGCUGUCAAUAAAUAUGGCUUGGGUGAGCCUCUUGAAUCAGUGCCAGUUAUCAUGAGAAAUCCGUUCGUUACCCCUAGCUCACCUCAGGAGCUUGAGAUCACUAACAUUACCAGGGACUCCAUGACCGUCUGCUGGAACCGCCCCGAGAGCAAUGGAGGCAGUGAGAUUGUUGGUUACAUUGUUGAGAAAAGAGACAGAGCUGGAGUGAGGUGGACCAAGUGCAACAAGCGCAGAGUGACAGACCUGCGUUUCAGAGUAACUGGUCUGACUGAGGACCAUGAAUAUGAGUUCAUGGUAUCUGCUGAGAACGCAGCUGGAGUGGGUAAGCCUAGCCCACCUUUACCCUACACGAAAGCCUGUGACCCAAGCUUUGAACCGGGCUGUCCUUCCAACGCCCAUGUGGUCAGCACUACUAAGGACACCAUCAGUCUGGCUUGGCACCGUCCUAUCUAUGAUGGUGGUUGUGAGAUUCAAGGAUACGCUGUGGAAAUAACCAAGGCUGAGGAGGAGGAAUGGAGCUUAUGCACCCCACCCUCUGGAGUUAAGGAUCCCAAGUUGACCAUCACCAAGUUGAUUGAGCACCAGGAGUACAAGGUGCGCAUAUGUGCUAUCAAUAAGCUUGGUGUUGGUGAGCCCACAGAGAUUGAGGGUGUCGUUAAACCUUUAGAUAAGAUUGAUCCUCCAGAGGUGAUUCUGGAUGCAGUGCUCAGGAAGGGAAUAGUUGUCCGUGCAGGAGGCUCAAUGAGAAUCUGCAUACCAUUCAAGGGUCGUCCUACUCCGGAGAUCAGCUGGGCCAAGGAUGGCGGAGAACUGACCUCUAAAGCUCAGAUAGACACUGGUGAAGAACAAACACUGCUAACCAUUGACAUCUGUGACAGAUAUGAUGCUGGAAAAUACAUCCUCAACUUGGAAAAUAGUGCUGGCACCAAAUCUGCCUUUGUUGCUGUCAAAGUUCUGGACACUCCAGGUGCCCCAGUGAAUCUGACAGUAAAAGACAUUAAGAGGGAAAGUGUCACCCUCACAUGGGAGCCUCCUCUUAUUGAUGGCGGUGCAAGAAUCAAGAAUUACCUGGUUGAGAAGCGUGAGUCCAACAGGAUUGUUUACUCUAACGUGGAGAACAAGUGCACAAAAACAAGCUAUCGUAUCACAGGUCUUACUGAGGGAACUAUCUACUAUUUCAGAAUCUUAGCAGAGAACGAGUUUGGCGUGGGAGAGGCAGUUGAGACCGAACAUGCAGUUAAGACCUCAGAGCCUCCACUAUCAGUGGGUAAGGUCACUUUGACUGAAGUGACCAAAACCUCUGCCUCUUUCUCCUGGGAGAAGCCAGUCCAUGAUGGAGGCAGCAGAAUUAAUGGCUACUACAUUGAAAUGCAGCCUGUGGGUUCAGAGGAAUGGGUAGUGGCCGCCACAACCAAAACUUGCGAGGGCACUGUCCUAGGUCUUAGUUCAGGCCACGAGUACCUGUUUAGAGUGACAGCUUUCAAUGAGAAGGGCAAAAGUGACCCCAGGCCUCUCGCUGCCCCCGUCACAGCCAAAGAUGUAACUGUCCUGCCCGGGUUCACGAUGUCAACCGACACAUUCAGUUUACAGACUGGUGAGGAUCUGAAGAUUGAGAUUCCAGUGAUUGGACGUCCUGCCCCGAAGGUCGAAUGGAGUAAGGAUGGGAAGGCUCUUAAGGAGACAACCAGAUUAAAUGUAACCAGCACACCCACAUCUACCAAGCUGUGCAUCAAGGAGGCAAAUAGGGAGGACUCUGGUAAAUACACAAUCACAGCAACCAGCAGUCUCGGAACAGCUAAGGAGGAGAUGACUGUCGUUAUUCUUGAAAAGCCUGGCCCACCCACAGGCCCUGUAAAGGUUGAGGAGGUGAGCUCUAAUUAUGUUCUUAUCUCCUGGGAGCCACCAGUGUAUACUGGAGGCUGUCAGAUCAACAACUACAUUGUGGAGAAGAAAGACACCACAACAACAGCAUGGCAGAUUGUGUCUGCUACUAUUGCCAGGUCCACCAUCAAAGUCACCAAUUUGAAGACUGGAAUUGAGUAUCAAUUCAGAGUGUCUGCUGAGAAUAGAUAUGGAAAGAGUUCUGCCAUUCUCUCUCCCAACGUUAUUGCUCAGUAUCCAUUCAGUGAGCCUGCUGCCCCAGGAACACCAAUUAUUUCUGCUGCAACCAAGGAUAGCAUGGUUGUUGAGUGGAAGGUCCCCACCAACAAUGGAGGCAGCCCCAUCCUAGGAUAUCACCUUGAGAGAAAGGAAAAGAACAGCCUUUUGUGGACAAAACUCAACAAGCUUCUUAUCCCAGACACACGUUUCAAGACUACAGAGCUGGAAGAAGGCAUCGAGUAUGAAUUCAAAGUCUAUGCUGAGAACAUUGCUGGAGUCAGCCCAGCUAGCAAGGUCUCUGAGUGCACAGUAGCCAGGGAUCCCUGUGACCCACCAGGCACUCCUGAGGCCAUUGAUAUAACCAGAAAUCAUGUGGCACUUCAGUGGACCAGGCCUCAGUAUGAUGGAGGCAGUGCAAUCACUGGCUAUUUCAUCGAGAGGAGGAAGCACCCAGAUACCCGCUGGAUGAAGGCCAGCUUCACCAACAUCAUUGAUACCAAUUACAUUAUCACUGGCCUCACUGAGGACUGUGUUUACGAGUUCAGAGUCGUUGCAAGGAACGCUGCUGGCAUUUAUAGCCGUCCUUCUGAGAGCACAGGAGAAAUUACAGCUAAAGAUGAAAUUGAGGCACCAGAGGCCAUCUUGGAUUCUAAAUUCAAGGAUCUGACUGUUGUUAGGGCUGGAGAAACAUUUAUUAUCGAUGCUGACUACACUGGCAAGCCUCUGCCGGAAAUCUCUUGGUUAAAGGAAGGAAAGGAGAUUGACCAAACCACCCCAAGAAUGGAGGUCAAGACCACAAUCACCCGUACCAUCCUCACAGUCAAGGAAUGCAUCAGAGUGGACGGUGGGCACUUUGUCCUCAAACUGGUCAAUGUGGGUGGAAUCAAGAUGAUCCCAGUUAAUGUUAAAGUUCUGGAUAGACCUGGUCCUCCAGAUGGCCCGCUAGAAGUCAAAGGGGUCACAUCUGAGAAAUGUUAUCUGCACUGGAGCCAUCCCUCACAUGAUGGUGGAGCCAGCAUCUCUCACUACAUCAUUGAGAAGAGAGAGACCAGUCGCUUGUCAUGGACCAUGGUUGAGCCCAUGAUCCAGGCUAUCAGCUACAAAGUCACAAAACUGCUGCCUGGCAAUGAAUACAUCUUCAGAGUCACUGCUGUGAAUAAAUAUGGUAUUGGGGAUCCUUUGGAAUCUGCGCCUGUCAUUGCUCGUAACCCCUUCACCACUCCCAGCGCCCCGUCCACCCCAGAACCAAGCGUUAUCGCUAGGGACUCCAUCGUGCUAACAUGGGAGAGACCAGAGAAUAACGGAGGAUCUGAGAUUGAUGGUUAUGUGCUUGAAAAACGUGAUAAGGAUGGCAUCAGGUGGACCAAGUGCAACAAAAAGAGGCUGACUGACCUGAGAUUUAGAUGCAGUGGCCUCGGAGAAGGACACUCUUAUGAGUUUAGGGUCUCAGCUGAAAAUGCUGCUGGUGUUGGAAAGCCUAGUGCACCAUCUGAAUACAUCAAAGCGUGUGAUGCCAUUUAUCCACCGGGAUGUCCAAAUAACCCCAAAGUCACAGAUAAUUCGAGCACCACAGUCUCUUUGUCCUGGUUCAGGCCUAUCUAUGAUGGUGGAGCACAAAUCAGCGGAUAUGUUGUGGAAAUGAAGGAGGCAGCAGAUGAUGAAUGGGUCACUUCCACACCACACAGUGGUGUUCAGGCCACCAACUUCACCAUAAAGCACCUUAAGGAGAAUGCAGAGUACAACUUCCGCAUCUGUGCUGUCAACUGUGAGGGAGUAGGCGAGCAUGUGGACCUACCAGGUUCUGUGAUUGCUGCAGAGAAGCUGGAGGCUCCUGAGAUUGAACUUGAUGCUGAUCUGAGGAAGAUGGUCAAUGUUCGGGCCACCGCCACCUUGCGCCUGUUUGUGCCAAUCAGAGGAAAACCUGAGCCUGAAGUCAAAUGGUCAAAGGCUGAUGGAGUUUUGAAUGAGCGUGCCCAGAUUGAUGUCACAAGCUCUUACACAAUGCUGGUGAUUGAAAAUGUCGAUAGAUUUGAUACCGGCAAAUAUGUACUGACCCUUGAGAAUCUCAGUGGCUCUAAAUCAGCCUUCAUCAAUGUCAGAGUCCUAGACUCUCCCAGUGCUCCUACCAACCUGGGGAUUAAGGAUGUCAAGAGAAAUUCAGUCUCCAUCUCCUGGGAACCUCCUCUUAUUGAUGGUGGGGCUAAGAUAUCACAUUAUAUUGUGGAGAAGAGAGAGCAGAAGAGAAUGGCUUUCACCAGUAUUUGCACCAACUGUGUGAGGAACUCGUACCUUAUUCCCGACCUUCAGGAGGGAGGUCGAUACUAUUUCCGAGUUUUGGCUGUGAAUGAGCUGGGAGUAGGUUUGCCUGCAUCCACAGAUCAAGUCAAGGUUGCUGAGGCUCCUUUGCCCCCUGGCAAGAUUGUCCUGGUUGAUGUAACCCGUCAUACCGUCACUCUUUCAUGGGAGAAACCUGAUCAUGAUGGAGGCAGCAAGAUAACAAGCUUUAUGGUGGAGAUGCAGCCCAAGGGAGAUGACAAAUGGACUGUGUGCAGUGAAGCCAAAGCACUGGAAGCUACUAUUGGAGGUCUCACAACUGGAGAGGAAUACUCAUUCAGGGUUACUGCUGUGAAUGAUAAGGGAAAGAGUGAUGCCAAGCCUCUGGCCAACCCUGUCUUGUUGAAGGACAUGACCACAAAGCCCUUCAUUAGCCAGUUGUACGACACAUACAGUGUAAGAGCAGGUGACGACUUGAAGAUUGAUGUUCCAUUCAGAGGCAGACCUCAGCCUGAGGUGUCCUGGAAGAAGGAUGGCCAUGUGCUUAAGCAGACAACCAGGGUAAAUGUUCUUAAUUCCAAGACCUCAUCCAAGAUUAUCAUCAAGGAUGCAACCAAGGAGGAUGUAGGAAAGUAUGAGAUCACUCUGACAAACUCAGUUGGCACAAAGACAGCUGAAACCUCUGUUGUAAUUCUGGACAAACCUGGCCCACCCAGCAACAUUAAGUUUGAUGAGGUGAGUGCUGACUUCAUCAAUCUGUCUUGGGAUGCUCCAACCUAUGACGGAGGAUGCCAAAUCAACAACUAUGUAGUGGAGAAGAAAGACACUACCACCAUUGCAUGGCAGAUUGUCUCAGCCACAGUAGCCAGGACUUCAAUCAAGGUCAAUCGUCUCAAUCAGGGAACAGAGUAUCAGUUCCGUAUUGCAGCUGAGAACCGUUAUGGCAAGAGUUCAGCAAUUGACUCUGCUCCCGUUGUUGCUCAGUAUCCCUUCGAGCCUCCUGGCACUCCUACCAACGUCCGUGUUUCCCAUGCCACCAAGUAUGGCAUGCUUGUGGAAUGGGGCAGACCUGCCAGUGAUGGUGGCAGCCCUGUAACUGGUUAUCACAUCGAAUGCAAAGACCAAAGCAGCAUCCUGUGGACCAAGGUCAACAGAGGUCUGCUGGCUGAGAACCAGUUUAAGAUGACAGGCAUUGAAGAAGGCCUGUUUUAUCAGUUCAGAGUCUAUGCUGAGAACAUUGCUGGAAUUGGUCCAUGUACUAAAGCCUGUGAACCUGUAGCAGCCAGGGAUCCAUGUGAAUCUCCUCAUAACCUUAGAGUCACCAACAUUACCAGGACCUCAGUGUCCCUCUUCUGGGAGAAGCCUGAGUAUGAUGGUGGAGUGAAGAUAACUGGCUACAUUGUUGAGCAUAGAGAACUUCCCAAUGGCCGCUGGCUUAAAUGCAACUUCACCAACCUGCAAGACACCUACUUCGAUGUCACAGGCCUCACAGAAGAUGUCCAAUAUGACUUCCAUGUCAUCGCUAAGAAUUCUGCAGAGCUGUUGAGUGAUCCCUCAGAGAGCACUGGUCCUGUCACAGUCAAGGAUGAUGUAGACCCUCCCACUAUUAUCCUGGAAGAUAAGCUCAGACAGCUGGUUGUCGUUAAGGCUGGAGAUAUCAUUCGAAUUGAUGCUGAAAUCUCUGGCCGUCCACUCCCUGUUGUCACCUGGUAUAAGGAUGGAAAGGAGAUUGAGGCCAAGGCCAGAUGUGAAAUCACUUCCACCAACUUCGCAACCACACUGAUAGUCAGAGAUGCUAUCAGGAGGGACUCCGGCCAGUAUGUCUUGUCUCUGCACAAUGUGGCAGGAACCAGGGCAGUGGCUAUCAACUUUAAGGUACUGGACAUACCUGGACCUGCUUCAGGACCAUUGUCAGUGUCUGGCCUCACAGCAGAGAAGUGCACCAUAAUGUGGGGUCCCCCUCAGGAGAACGGUGGGGCUGAAAUCAUGCACUACAUUGUUGAGAAACGCGAGACCAGUCGCCUUGCCUGGACACUUGUCUAUGCUGACAUGAAGGCAACAACUUGUAAAGUGACCAAGCUGCUCAGAGGAAAUGAGUACAUCUUCAGAGUUAGGGGAGUCAACAAAUAUGGGGAUGGUGAGCCCAUGGAGAGUGAGCCAACAAAGGCCAUUGAUCCAUUCACUGUUCCUGCAGCUCCCACUAAUGUUCAAGUCACCUCAGUUACCAGUGAGGCAAUGACCAUCUGUUGGGAAAGGCCAACUUCUGAUGGUGGCAGUUCUAUCUCUGGCUAUGUCAUUGAAAAGAGAGAGAAGACUGGCCUUCGCUGGUGCCGUGUCAACAAGAAACCUGUUUAUGACCUUAGAGUCAAGGCCGGAAACCUUCGUAAUGGCUGUGAGUAUGAGUACAGAGUGUUUGCAGAGAACUCCGCAGGCCUCAGUGCUUCCAGCACCACUUGCCCACUCACCAAAGCUGAAGAUCCACAGUUCCUGCCCUCUCCUCCUGCCAAGCCUAAGAUCAUCGACUCUUCAAAGACAACAGUCACCCUGUCUUGGAAUAAGCCACUGUUUGAUGGUGGAGCACCUGUGACAGGUUACAAAAUCAAAUACAGGAAGUCUUCUGAUGAUGAAUGGAUGGUUGGAGUCCAUAAUACCAAGAACACAGAGUUCUCAGUGGGGGGAUUGACACCUGGAACUGAAUAUGUGUUUGUUGUCAAAUCCAUUAACAAGAUUGGAGCCAGUGAGAACAGUGCCGAGACAGACUCACAGGUCGCCAAAGAAAGAGAGGAGGAGCCAAUCUUUGAAAUCAGCAAUGAGAUGAGGAAGACCCUUAUUGUUAAGGAUGGUAGCUCAUUCACCAUGAAAGUGCCUUUCAGAGGCAAACCCAUCCCAAGUGUUUCAUGGUCUAAGGCUGAUGUUGACCUUAGAGUUCGUGCUGUCAUUGACACCACAGACACCUUCACCUCCAUCACCUUAGAGAAAGCAACUCGCUACGACUCUGGCAAAUACGUCAUCACCUUGUCAAGCGUAUCUGGAAAUGCCUCUUUGACCCUCAAUGUCAGAGUCCUAGAUUCCCCAGGACCUCCUUGCCAUUUGGAGGUCAAGGAUGUGACCAGAACCUCUGCUUCUGUCACCUGGGACACUCCCGAGAAUGAGGGAGGAGGACCAGUCAAGAACUACCUUGUUGAUUUCCGUGAGGCAAGCAAGAAGGGCUGGACCAGGUUGACUGACACAUGCCACAGACUUACAUACAAGGUGUCGGACAUACAGGAGGGAGGAGUAUUCUACUUCAGAGUGACAGGCGAGAACGAUUAUGGUGUUGGUGUCUCUGCUGAAACCAAGGAAGGAACAAAGAUCACAGAAAAACCAAGUCCACCACCAAAGCUAGGUGCAACUGAUGUGACCAAGGAGAGUGUGGCCCUGGCUUGGGCCAAACCAGAUCACGACGGAGGAAGCAGAAUCACUGGGUACCUGGUGGAAGCUCUGGAGAAAGGCCAGGAGAAGUGGGUUAAGUGUGGUGUGACCAAGUUGAUCCACUUCACAGUGUUUGGUCUGAGGGAGAAUGCUGAGUACUUCUUCAGAGUCAGAGCAGAGAACCACGCUGGCUUCAGUGAUAUCAAGGAAAUGCUCACCCCAGUGGUGCUCAAGGACCAGCUCGAAUCUCCUGAGAUGAACAUGAAUGACUUCCCACACAACACAGUGUAUGUAAGAGCCGGCUCCAACCUCAAGUGUGAGAUCCCACUGACAGGCCGGCCUUUGCCUAAAGUCUCCCUGUCGAAAGACAACGUGUUGCUCAAAUCAACCAUGAGGUUCAACUCUGAAGUCACCCCUGACAGCAUCAAGAUCACUUUGCGCGAGAGCAUUGCUGGAGACUCAGGACGCUACGAUAUCAUUGCCUCCAACUCCAAUGGAACCACAAAAUCAUUCUUAAAUAUUGUUGUUCUGGACCGCCCCAGUGCUCCAAUUGGACCUGUGCAGAUGUUUGACAUCACAGAGGACAGCGUGAGCCUGGAGUGGCUCCCACCAGCAUAUGAAGGUGGCAGCCCUAUCACCAACUACGUCAUCCUGAAGAAAGAGGUAACCUCAGCCAACUGGGUGGAAGUGUCUUCUGCUGUGGCUCGCUGCACCAUGAAGAUCAUGAAGCUGACCACUGGUCUAGCGUACCAGUUCAGGGUCAGAGCUGAAAACAAAUAUGGCAUCAGUGAGCACAUUGACUCAGAAACUGUUGCUGUCAACCUUCCUUACACUAUACCUGAAGCUCCAUCGACUCCAGAGAUCACUGCUGUUACCAAGGAGACCGUCACUGUCGCCUGGAAUGAGCCUAAGUCAGACGGUGGCAGCCAUGUGUUUGGCUACCAUCUCCAGAUGAAAGACAGGAACAGCAUUCUCUGGCAGAAAGUCAACAAAAUGGUGAUCCGUGCCGCACACUACAAGGUCACCGACAUCAGUGCGGGACUCAUCUAUGAGUUCAAGGUAGCAGCAGAGAACGCUGCAGGAAACAGCCCCUUCAGCAAGGUUUCUGAUGCAGUGCUGGCCAUUGAUGCCUGUGAGCCACCCAUCAACCUUCGCAUUAGUGACAUCACCAAGCACUCCAUUAGCCUGGCCUGGCACAAGCCCAACUAUGAUGGCGGAUCCUCCAUUAAUGGAUACAUCAUUGAGAAGAAAGAAGGCGUUAAUGCCAGGUGGUCCAAGGCUAACCUCACCAAUGUCACAGACACCCGCUACACUGUGACCGGCCUCACCCAGGACGAGACGUACGAGUUCAGAGUCAUGGCCAAGAAUGCCGUCGGUUCAGUGAGCAACCCAUCCAUGGUGGUUGGACCAGCCACAUGCGUGGAUACCUAUGGUGCCCCAGAGAUUGAAAUACCUCAAGAGUACUCCAGUGAGGUCAAGUACAGGGCUGAGUCCAAUGUGGAGCUCACGUUUAACAUCAUAGCCAAACCUGCUCCCACAAUUGAGUGGUUUAAGGAUGGCAGGGAGCUUGCACCGACCAGCCAGCUCACCUUCAAACACACAUUUGAGUCCACCAGUCUGUUCCUGAAUGACACCACUCGUUUGAACUCUGGAACCUAUGAGGUCCGGGUAAAGAACUCCAUGGGAUCUGCCUUCGCCAUUGUUAGGCUGCUCAUUCAAGACAAGCCAGGCCCCCCUGAUGGCGAGAUUGAGUUUAAGAAGGUGACAGCCAACACUGCCACCAUCAUGUGGUGUCCUCCUUCCGAUGAGGGCGGUGCCAUGGUGUCACAUUAUAUUGUGGAGAAGAGGGAGACCAGCAGGAUCAUGUGGUCCAUUGUCUCAGAGAAACUGGUAGACUGCAUUGUUAACGUGCCCAGACUCAUCGAAGGAAAUGAGUACAUCUUCCGAGUCCGUGGAGUCAACAAGUACGGCAUCGGAGACGCACUGGAGUCCGAACCUAUCGUUGCAAAGAACGCAUUUGUUCCUCCUAGCGAGCCAUCCAAGCCUAAAGUGACCAUUAUCACCAAGUCCACCAUGACCGUGAUCUGGGAAAGACCAGCAGUGGAUGGAGGCAGCGACAUUGACGGAUACUACUUAGAAAAGAGGGAGAAGAAGAGUCUGCAGUGGUUCAAGGUGGUGAAGGACACCAUCAGAGACACCAGGCAGAAAGUCACCAACCUGACGGAGAACAACGAGUACCAGUACAGAGUUUGUGCUGUCAACAAGGCCGGAGCAGGAAACUACUCUGAUGGCUCUGACCUCCACAAGGCCUACGACCCAAUCGAUCUUCCUGGUGAGCCAUCCAAGCUGCGUGUGGUGGACUCCACAAAGAGCUCCAUCACCCUGGGCUGGGAGAAGCCCGUCUAUGAUGGCGGAAGUGAAAUCACACACUACCUUUUGGAAAUGUUGAAUUCAGAGGAGAAAGAAUGGGCCAUCGUCAACCCGCAGGUCAAGGCCUGCGAGUACGUGGUGUCUCACCUCAAACCUGGAGCAUACUACUUCUUCAGAGUCUCUGCUGUCAACUGCAAGGGCAAAGGAGAAGACAUCAAAAUGUACCAGCCCCUUCAAGCCAAGGAUAUCUUGGAGGAGGCCGAUUUGGACUUGGACGUUCCCAUGACCACCCAGUACACAGCCAGGGCCGGCCGUGACGUGGAGGUGUUUAUCCCCUUGAAGGGACGCCCCGCCCCCAACGUGACAUGGCGACGUGGUGACCGCAAUAUUGCUGCUGACAACCGCUACACCAUCACCAGCACUGAGCGCGCCACCACGCUCCUGAUCCCUAAGGUCAGCCGCGACGACCUUGGCAAGUACCUGCUGGAGAUUGAGAACGGCGUGGGAGAGCCCAAGAUCAUCAUUGUGUCCCUUAAGGUUCUGGACAGUCCAGCCAUCUGUCAGAAACUCAUGAUCAAGAAUGUGACAAGAGGAAAUCUGAGCCUCAGCUGGGAGGCUCCUCUCAUCGAAGGCGGUUCCCCUGUCACACAUUACGUUGUUGAGAAGAAGGCGUCCACCAUGAAGGCUUACCAGGUGAUCAAUACCCAGUGUACCAACACAACUUACAAGGUGACGGGCCUGGAGGAGGAUAUAGCUUACUUCUUCCGUGUGUCUGCUGAAAAUGAGUACGGUGUUGGCGAGACAUGCGAAACUACUGAACCUGUAAGAGCCACGGAAACUCCUGGAGCUGUUAAAAACCUGGUGAUGGCGGAUUCUACAAAGACCUCUGUUACCCUGCAGUGGACCAGACCUGACCACGAUGGGGGCAGCUACAUCACUGAAUACAUUAUUGAGAAGAGAUCCAUUGAAGAUCCUACCUGGACUCUGGGAGCAACAUGCAAGCGCCUGAGCUGUGAAGUGACGGGACUCAAGGAGAAGGCUGAAAUGGACUUCAGAGUGCUCGCCAAGAACGAGAAGGGCAACAGUGACUUCUCCCAGAUUGGUCCAAUCACAGUGAAGGACUUCAUCAUUCUGCCUGAAGCCAACCUUGUUGACUACCCUAACGGAGAGCUUGCUGUCCGUGUUGGUCAGAACAUCCACAUCGAGUUGCCCUUCAAGGGAAAACCAUUGCCUUCAAUCAGCUGGCUGAAAGAUAACCAGCCACUGAAGGAAAGUGACAAGGUUCGCUUCAGGACUACUGACAACAAGACGGCGGUCACAGUCAGAGGAGUCAAGAAGGAGAAUGCCGGCCAGUACACUUUGUGUCUGGACAACAGAACCGUCAAGAACUACUUUGACAUCAAUGUGAUCACUCUUGGACCCCCCUCGGUGCCUGUUGGUCCCAUCCGCUUCGAUGAGAUCAAAGCACAGAGUAUCAUAAUUUCAUGGGACGAGCCGAAGGAGAACGGCGGUGGUGAGAUCACCUGCUACAGCGUGGAGAAACGUGAAACCGCCCAGGCCAACUGGAAGAUGGUCUGCUCCAGUGUUGUCAGGCCCACUUUCAAAAUUCCUAACCUGGUCAAGGGAACUCAGUACCAGUUCAGAGUCCGUGCAGAAAACAAGUAUGGGAUCAGUGUUUCUCUUGCAUCCCUAGAAGUUGUUGCCCAGCACCAGUACAAACCUCCAGGACCCCCACCGAAACCAGUGGCCUUCAAUGUCACCUGUGAUGGUAUGACCAUCAGGUGGGACGCCCCAGAAUUUGACGGAGGAUCCCCCAUUUUGGGAUAUCAUGUUGAAAAGAAGGACAGGAACAGCCUCUUGUGGCAGAAGGUGAACUCCACCAUCAUCUCCAACAAAGAGUACAGGAUAACUGGUCUCAUUGAGGGUCUGGAGUACUCCUUCAGAGUCUAUGCUGAGAACAACGCUGGACUCAGCCCUGUUAGUGAACAGAGCAAACAUGCCCUCGCUAUCGCCCCUGUUGAUCCACCUGGCAAACCUGUCUGCAUUGAUGUAACCAGAGACUCAGUCACCCUUAAGUGGGACAUCCCUGAGAGGGAUGGUGGCAGCAAAAUUGUGGGCUACAGUGUGGAGAGGCGCCAAGGCAGAGGCAAAUGGCUGCGAUGCAACUUCACUGAUGUCUGCGAGACCCAGCUCACUGUGACAAGUCUCUCCUCUGGAGACAGAUUCGAGUUCAGAGUCAUUGCCAGAAAUGCUGUGGCCACAGUCAGUCCACCAUCUAACUCCUCUGGAUAUAUUAUGACAAAGGAUGAGAGCAUCUCUCCAGACAUUGAGUGGUCUGCAGACCAGGCGCUCACCCUGAAGGCUGGUGAGAACGUUCAGCUCAGCUGCAGCAUCAUUGGACGUCCCGUGCCCCAGGUUAUCUGGUAUAAGAAUGGCAAAGAGAUUGACAAGAGGACCAUGUAUGACAUUGAUAUUACCUCCGACAUUGGCACCAGCAGUCUUUUUAUACGCGAUGCUGACAGGAACCACCGUGGCAUCUACACAAUAGAGGCGAAAAACAGCUCCGGUUCCAAGAGAGCUGAUGCCAACGUCCGAGUACAAGAUACCCCCGGGCCUGUUGAGGGUCCCAUCCGUUUCACCGGCAUCACGGCUGAGAAGUGCACCGUGUGGUGGAACCCGCCGGAGAACGAUGGCUGUGCUGCCAUCACCCACUAUGUGGUGGAGAAGAGGGAGACGUCCAGGAUCUCCUGGGCCAUGAUCACCUCCAAAUGCGAAGCCUGUUCUUACAAUGCUGUAAACCUCAUCAAGGGCAAUGAAUACCAGUUCAGAAUCUCUGCUGUCAACAAGUCUGGUGUUGGCAAACAUCUGGACUCUGAUCCCUUCAUUGCACAGAUGCAAUAUACUGUGCCGGAUGCCCCUGGUACCCCAGAUGCCACCCAUGUGACUGGAAACAGCAUCACCAUGUGCUGGACGAGACCAAGGUCAGAUGGAGGCAACGAGAUUAAGCAGUACAUCCUGGAGAGGAGAGAGAAAAAGAGCUUACGCUGGCUGAAGGUUUCCUCCAAGAGAACCAUCACAGAGCUGAGACACCGUGUCACCAACCUCACCGAGGGCAACGAGUAUGAAUUCCGUGUCAUGGCAGAAAAUGGAGCUGGCAUCGGACCGGCCAGCAGUACUUCCAGGCUCAUCAAGUGCAGAGAACCAACAAGCGCUCCUAGCACACCCACAUUGAUCAAGGUCGCUGACUCCACCAAGAACUCUGUCACCCUGGAAUGGACCAAGCCUGUCUUUGAUGGCGGCUUGGAAGUCAUCGGCUACAACAUCGACAUGUGCAAGGCCAGUCUGGAGGAGUGGCACAGAGUCAACAGCCAGAUAUGCAUCCACACCAGUUACACUGCCAAGGGCCUGGUGCCUGGAGAGCUCUACAAGUUCAGGGUCAGCGCUCUGAACGGGGCCGGAGAGGGCGAAUCCUCAGGGUUGCCGAAUGCUGUUCAGGCUCUGGACAGACUCAGAUCUCCUGAGAUUGAACUGGAUGCCAGCUUCAAGCAGACCCACAUUGUGAAGAAUGGCAGCACUGUCACCCUCCAUGUUCCCUUCAAAGGAAAACCAGCGCCUCUUGCCACCUGGUCUAGGGUAGAUGGGGAGCUGCCUGUCAUGGCUGAUGUUAACACCACAGAAUGCAGCUCCAUUCUGACCAUUGAGAGCUGCACGAGGUACGAAGCCGGCAAAUACACCCUGUCCCUGGAGAACAACAGCGGUCGCAAGUCCAUCACCUUCACUGUCAAAGUGCAGGAUACACCCGGACCUCCGGCAGCUAUUACCUUCAAAGACGUAACACGCGGAGCCUUAACGGUUAUGUGGGAUGCCCCCACCAAUGAUGGCGGAGCCCGGGUCCACCACUACAUCGUGGACAAGCGGGAGGCCAGCCGCCUGGCGUGGCAGGAGGUCAGCAGCAAGUCCUCUCGCCAGAUGAUCAGGGUCACAGGUCUGGAUGUCGGUAUACCAUACGUGUUCAGGGUGAUUGCUGUGAACCAGUACGGCCAGGGAGAACCUUUCGAGAUGACAGAGCCCGUCAUGGCCACAGAGGAACCUGCACCACCCAGGAGACUGGAUGUAGUAGACACCACCAACUCCACAGCCUCCCUGGUGUGGCUGAAGCCCGAGCAUGAUGGAGGCAGCCGCAUCAGAGGCUACAUUGUUGAAUUCAAAGCUAAAGGCAGUGACCACUGGAAUGUGGGCGGAGAGACCAGAUCUAUGAAGAUGCUGUUGGAGGGCCUGAUUCAGAAUACAGAGUACGACUUCAGAGUGAGUGCCAAGAACGAUGCUGGAAUCAGCGAGCCUCAGGGCACCUUCAGCUCCGUGGUCAUCAAGGAGCCUCGCAUCGAACCGACAGCCGACCUCAGCAGCAUCACCAACCAGCUCAUCACCUGCAAGAUCUCCAACAACUUCACAAUCAGCAUCCCCAUCAGCGGCAGGCCUGCACCCAAGGUCACCUGGAAACUGGAGGAGAUGAAACUGAAGGAGUCUGACAGAGUCUGCAUCACCACCACAAAGGAGAUCACUACUUUGACGGUUAGAGACAGCAAGAGAAGCGACAGCGGCAAGUACUACCUGAUCCUGGAGAAUGUCGCCGGUGUGAAGACGUUCACAGUGACCGUGGUUGUCGUGGGCAGGCCGACUCCACCCACAGGCCCUGUGGUGAUUUCUGAAGUCUCUUCAGAGUCCUGCAGCCUGUCCUGGUCCGAGCCAGCCGACGAUGGCGGCACGGAAAUCGGCAACUACAUCGUGGAGAAACGGGAGUCCGGCUCCGCCUCCUGGCAAGUCGUAAACUCCAGUGUGAAGAGAACCACCAUCAAAGUGACCAACCUCACCAAGUACAUGGAGUACACCUUCAGGGUGUGCGCCGAGAACAAGUUUGGAGUCAGCAAGUCCACCGAGUCUGCUGCAGUGGUCAUUGAGCAUCCAUUUGUUCCUCCAAGUCCUCCAACUCGUCCAGACGUGGUUUCCGUGUCUGCGAACGCCAUCGGCAUCAAAUGGGACUUGCCCUAUGACGACGGCGGCAGCAAGGUAACGGGCUACUGGAUUGAGAAGAAGGAGAGGAACACCAUCCUGUGGGUGAGGGAGAACAAGCUGCCCUGCCUGGAGUGCCACUACAAGGUGUCCAACCUGAUCGAGGGCCUGGAGUACCAGUUCAGGGUCUACGCCAUGAACAUCUCCGGAUUCAGCAAGGCCGGCGAGGCUUCCCGACCCGUGGUGGCCCUCAAUCCUGUUGAUCCUCCUGGUAAACCCGAGGUGACGGACAUCACUCGCAACUCAGUGUCGCUGUGCUGGACCAUCCCGUCCAACGACGGCGGCAGCAAGAUCGUGGGCUACGUGGUGGAGAGGAAAGUCCACAGCACGGACGAGUGGGACGACAACCGCUGGCUCAAGUGCAACUACACCACCAUCAGUGAGAACUACUUCACCGUCACCAACCUGGGAGAGGGAGAGACCUUCGAGUACCGGGUCAUUGCCAAGAAUGCCGCCGGCGUCCACAGCGCAGCCUCCGAGAUCACCGGACCGGUCACAUGCAAGGAUGAAUACUCUCCUCCUAAAGCUGAGCUGGAUAGUAAGCUGGUGGGUGAGACCGUCAUCAUCAACGCCGGCUCAGACCUGGUUCUGGACGGCGCCGUGGGCGGGAAACCCGAGCCCACCGUGUACUGGUCCAAGGGCGACAAGAUCCUGGAGCUUGGAGAGAAAUACUCCCUGACCUACACCGCCACCAGAGCCAUGGCCGUCAUCAAGAGCUGCGACCGCUACGACACGGGCAAAUACGUCCUGACCGCGAAGAACGCCAAUGGACUGAAGACCGCCGUCGUCAACGUCAAAGUCCUGGACACCCCCGGAGCUCCGGCCGAUAGCAUCACCAUCAGCAGGGUGACGGAGGAGAAGUGCUCCGUGUCCUGGAAGAUUCCCCUGGAGGACGGCGGAGACAUCGUCACGCACUACAUCGUGGAGCGCCGCGAAACCAGCCGCCUCAACUGGGUCCUCAUGGAGACGGAGUGCAAGACGCUGGCCUGCGUCAGCAGCCACCUCAUCAAGAACAACGAGUACGUGUUCAGGGUCCGCGGAGUCAACAAGUUCGGAGUCGGAGUUCCUCUGGAGUCCGAGUCCGUCCGAGCCAGGAACGCUUACACCAUCACGUCUCAGCCGGGCACUCCGGAGGUGACGGCAGUGGCCAAAGAGCACGUGGUCAUCGAGUGGCUGAAGCCCGAGACGGACGGAGGCAGCGAGAUCAAGACGUACCUGGUGGACAAGCGAGAGAAGAGCAGCACCAGGUGGACACGGGUGAACAAGAACUACACGAUCUACGACACCCGUCUGAAGAUCGCCGGGCUGCUGGAGGGCAGCGAGUACCAGUUCAGGGUGACGGCCGUCAACGCUGCUGGAGACAGCACGCCGAGCGACGCCUCGCCCUACAUGCUCUGCAAAGACCCCACAUACACGCCGGCUACUCCCUCCAUGCCUCGCAUCACGGACACCACGAAGCACAGCAUCAGCAUGAAGUGGACGCGCCCGAUGUACGACGGCGGCAGCGACGUCAGCGGCUACGUGGUGGAGAUCCUGGAGGAAGGGACGGAGCAGUGGUACCGCGCCACCGCCAAGGCCCUGAAGACCAAUGAGUACGUGGCCGCCGGACUCACCUCCAACAAGAGGUACCGCUUCAGAGUCGCCGCCAUCAACAGCAAGGGAACCGGAGAGUUCAGCGAGGCCAGCGCCGAGGUGGAGCCGCUGGAGAGGAUCGAGAUCCCGGACCUGGAGCUGUCGGACGACCUGAAGAAGACGGUGUGUCUGCGUGCCGGUGGGACGCUGCGCCUAGUGGUGUUCGUCAGCGGCCGCCCCGCCCCGGUGAUUUCCUGGAGGAAGACGGGGGUUGAGCUGCAGAACCGUGGACACAUCGAGAACACGGAAAGCUACACCGCCCUGACGGUGGAGAAGGUCAACCGCUACGACUCCGGGAAAUACAUCGUGGAGGCGGAGAACCCGUCGGGAAAGAAGAGCGUCGUCGUCCUCGUCAAAGUCUACGACACGCCCGGCCCCCCCACCUCUGUGAACGUGAAGGACUACACCAAGGAGUCGGUGGUGAUCACCUGGGACGUUCCCAGCAGGGACGGCGGCGCCCACGUCAGCAACUACAUCGUGGAGAAGCGCGAGGCCAGCAUGAAGUCUUACAAGACGGUCACCACGGAGUGCAGGAAAACGCUGCUCCGCAUCACCGGGGUGGAGGAGGGCGUGCACUACUUCUUCAGAGUGCUGCCGGAGAACAUCUACGGCGUGGGCGAGGCCUGCGAGACCCUGGAGGCGGUGCUGGUGUGCGAGGUGCCGUCGGUGCCGCUCGACCUGCAGCUGGUGAACGUCACCAAGUCGUCGGCCACGCUGCGCUGGGAGCGGCCGCUGCACGACGGAGGAAGCCGCAUCAACGGCUUCUCCAUCGAGGCGUGCAAGGUGGGAUCGGAGAGGUGGACCGUGGUGGCCUCCGUGAAGGCGUCGGCGUCUCAGCACACCGUCACCGCGCUCACAGAGAACGACCAGUACCUGUUCAGGGUCAGAGCCACUAACAGCAGGGGGGCCAGUGAGCCCAUGGACACCGUCACCCCCGUCACCAUCCAGGACAUCAAGGUGAUGCCAAAGAUCGACAUGACCAGCAUCCCUCAGAAGAUCGUGUACGUUCACCGGGGGAAACCCAUCGAGCUGAACCUGCCCGUGGUGGCCCAGCCGCUGCCCGUCUGCUCCUGGUCCUUCUCCGGAGAGAAGCUGAAGGACAGCCUCGACCGCAUCAAGAUCGACGGCAGCCGGCUAACGGUGCGCGACACGACCAUCAACGACACUGGGGACUACGCCCUGGAGGUGAAGAACGCCCUGGGCAAAGCCAGAGAGGUCAUCAAGGUCAUCAUCCUCGAUAAGCCCGGCGUCCCGGUGGGCCCGGUCCGGAUCGAGGAGGUGGACGGGCUGUCGGUGACGACCAGCUGGGAUCCUCCGGAGAAAGACGGCGGAGCCAACGUGACGGGCUACGUGGUGGAGCAGCGCGACGCCCACCGGCCCGGCUGGUUCACCGUGUCCGAGUCCGUGACCCGGCCCUGCUACAAGUUCUCCCGCCUCUCCGAGGGAACCGAGUACGUGUUCCGCGUCGCCGCCAUGAACCGCUUCGGAGUCGGAAGGUUCCUGCAGUCGGAGGUGGUCGAGAACAAGAGCCCCAAGACGAUCCCCGGCGCCCCCAGCCAGCCGGAGGUCCUGGAUGUGACCCACGAGGGCAUGACGCUCACGUGGUUCGCCCCCGAGGACAACGGCGGCUCCACCAUCGCCGGAUACAUCAUCGAGCGCAAGGAGGCGCAGUCGGAGCGCUGGAUGAAGAUCAGCAAGAACCCGGUCACCAUGACCCGGUUCCGCUCCUCCGCGCUCAUCGAGGGCCAGGAGUACGAGCACCGCGUCACCGCCAUCAACUCCAGGGGCGAGGGGAAGCACAGCGAGGCCUCCGAGAUCACCGUGGCCAUGGACCCCAUUGACCCCCCUGGAGCUCCUCUUAGCCCCACCGUCACAGACACCACCCGCUCCUCGGUGUCUCUGGCCUGGCAGCCGCCGGAGGAGGAGGGCGGCGCCGCCGUCACCGGGUACUUCAUCGAGAUGCAGAAGGUGGACCAGGUGGAGUGGACCCUGUGCAACACCACUCCCACCAAGAUCUGCGAGUACACCCUCACUCACAUGCCUCAGAGCGCCGAGUACAAGUUCAGAGUCAUCGCCUGCAACCCUGGAGGAACCGGGGAGGCAGCCGAGGUGCCGGGGGUGGUGAAGGUCCAGGAGAUGCUGGGCUACCCCGACUACGAGCUGGAUGCUAAGUACGAGGAGGGCUACGUGGUGCGGCAGGGCGGCGUCAUCCGCCUGUCCGUGCCCAUCAGAGGGAAACCCAUCCCGUCCUGCAAGUGGACGAAGGACGGCCGCGACAUCGCCCACCGCGCCAUGAUCGCCUCCAACGACGACGUCACCGAGCUGGUGAUCAAAGAGGCGCACAAAGACGACACGGGCUCCUACGACCUGGUGCUGGAGAACAAGUGCGGCAAGAAGGCCCUCUACAUCAAGGUGAAGGUGAUCGGCCGCCCCGAUGUUCCUGAAGGUCCUCUGGAGUACGACGACAUCCAGGUGCGCUCAAUGCGCGUCAGCUGGAGGCCGCCUUCAGAUGACGGAGGAUCCGACAUCCUGGGCUACGUGGUGGAGAGGAGGGAGGUGCCGAAGGCCGCCUGGUGCACCGUGGACUCCCGGGUCACCGAGACCUCUCUGGUGGUGAAGGGUCUGAAGGAGAACGUGCAGUACCACUUCAGGAUCUCUGCGGAGAACCAGUUCGGCAUCAGCAGGUGUCUGAAGUCUGAGGAGGCCGUCACGCCCAAAACGCCUCUGUGCCCACCAGAGCCCCCCAGCAACCCCCCGGAGAUCAUGGAGGUCACCAAGACCACGGUGGCCCUGUCCUGGGCUCGGCCGAGGGACGACGGCGGCUCCAGAGUCACCGGCUACUACGUGGAGAGGAGGGAGGUGUCCACGGAGAAGUGGGUCCGCCACAACAAGACCCACAUCACCACCACCAUGUACAACGUCUCCGGACUCAUCCCCGACGCAGAGUACAUGUUCAGGGUGGUCGCGCAGAACGACAUCGGCAAGAGCGAGGCCGGACCCCCCUCGGAGUCCGUGGUCUGCAAGGAUCCAUUCGACAAACCCAGCCAGCCCGGUGAGAUCGACAUCAUCUCCAUCACCAAAGACUGCAUCACCAUCCACUGGCUGCGGCCCGAGCUCGACGGAGGCAAAGAGAUCCUCGGCUACUGGAUCGAGUUCAGGGAGGCCGGAGAGAGCGCCUGGAAGAAAUGCACCAAGGAGCGCUCCAAGGACCGGCAGUUCACCAUGGGCGGCCUGAUGGAGGCCACCGAGUACGAGUUCAGGAUCUUCGCCGAGAACGAGACCGGACUCAGCCGACCCCGCCGCACGCCCAUGGGCAUCAAGACCAAACUGAGCGUUGGUGAGGCUCCCGCUCUGAAGGAACUGAUGGAAGACGUCACCACGAAUCUCGGGGAAUCCGGCACUCUGACCUGCGCCAUCGUCGGCCGCCCGCUGCCCGAGAUCAAGUGGUACCGUUACGGCAGGGAGCUGAUCCAGAGCCGCAAGUACAAGAUGAGCUCGGACGGCAGGAACCACUCAAUUAGCGUCCUGACAGACGAGCAGGAGGACGAGGGCGUUUACACCUGCCGCGCCGUCAACGAGGCCGGCGAGGUCGAGACCAGCGGAAAGCUGCGCCUUCAAGCAGCGCCGCAGUUCCACCCCGGCUUCCCUCUGAAGGAGAAGUACUACGCCGGCGCAGGAACCAGCCUCCGCCUCCACGUGGUCUACAUCGGACGUCCCAUCCCUCAGAUCAUGUGGUUCUAUGACAAGAAGCCUCUGAACACAUCGGAGAACGUGAUCAUUGAGAACACGGAGAGCUACACCCACCUGGUGGUGAGGAACGUGCAGAGGAAGACCAACGCCGGCCGCUACAAGGUGCAGCUCAGCAACGUGUACGGCGCAGUCGACACCUCGCUGCGCGUGGAGAUCCAAGAUAAACCAUGCAUCCCUGAGGGCCCUCUGGUUGUUGAAGCCCUGCUGAAGAGCUCCAUGGUCAUCAGCUGGAAGGCUCCCAAGGACGACGGAGGCUCCAUGAUCACCAACUACAUCGUGGAGAAACGUGAGGCCAAGGAAGGUGAGGUGUGGAACCUGGUGUCCUCCUCUGUCUCUGGCACCACCUGCCGAGUCCCCAACCUGAUAGAAAACGCCGGAUACUACUUUAGAGUCUCUGCGCAGAACCAGUAUGGAGUCAGCGAGUCUCUGGAGAUCCAAUCUGUGGUUAUCGUCAAGAGUCCAUUUGAAAAACCUGGCAUCCCACAGCAGCCGUUCAUCAUGAGCUCCACCAAAGACUCCUGCCUCGUCUGCUGGAAGCCUCCAAGCAGCGACGGCGGCGCUAAAGUCUCCAGCUACUACCUGGAGAAACGCGAGAAGAAACAGAACAAGUGGAUGUCCGUCACUAGCAAGAAGAUCCAGGAGACCAGCUUCGAGGUCAAGGCCUUGAUCGAGGGCUUCGAGUACGAGUUCCGUGUCAAGUGCGAGAACUUGGGCGGCGAGAGCGACUGGAGCGAGAUCUCAGCGCCAAUCACCCCCAAGUCCGAACAAUCUCCUCGUGCUCCCGCCUUCAGAGAGGAGAUCCGGGACAUGACAGCCAAAUACAAGGCCAAUGCCACAUUCGUCACCAAGGUGGUGGGACAUCCCAAGCCUCUGGUGAAAUGGUAUCGCAGUGGAAAGGAGAUCGAGGCUGAUGGAACAAAAAUUAAAGCCCAGGAGUUCAAGGGAGGCUACUUCCAACUGGUGAUCAUUGCCGCUGAUGAGUGCGACGCCACCGUUUACCAAGUCAGAGCAACCAACUCCUCUGGAUCCAUCUCUACCACCGCAAACCUGGAGGUGGAAGUUCCUGCCAAGAUCCACCUUCCCAAGGAGCUCCAGGGAAUGGGUGCAGUCAAUGCUGCCCGUGGUGAUAAUGUCACCAUCAAGAUCCCCAUCUCUGGCAAACCUGAGCCAGCAAUCAUUUGGCAGAAGGGUCAGGAGAUCCUGUCCAACUCUCCAUAUCACCAAGUCAUCACCACCAGGUCCUUCACCUCGCUGGUGUUCCAGAAGGGAAUGGAGAGGAAGGAUACCGGCUACUACAUCCUAACCGCAAAGAACAGGUUCGGAACAGACAAGCAAACCAUUGAGGUGAACGUGGCCGACAUACCUGAACCACCAAAGGGACUGGUUGUCAGCGAAAUCUCUCGAGACUCCAUCACCUUGGCCUGGCAGCCACCUGCAAACGAUGGCGGAAGCGACAUCAUUGGGUACAUUGUGGAGAAGUGUCCCACAACCGCCGACAGGUGGAUCCGUGCUGGACAGACCACCGACUGCGGCAUCAACAUCAUUAACAUAUUCGGAAAGACCAAGUACCAGUUCAGAGUCAUCGCCGAGAACCAGUUUGGCCUGAGUGCUCCUUGCCAGCCAACAGAGCCCAUCACCACAAAGGAAGACAAGUCAGUGACUAGGAACUAUGAUGAGGAGGUGGACGAGACCAGAGAGGUCACCAAGGAGGAGGCUCUGGUCUACAAGGUGAAGGAGCUGACCUCCAAGUACGUAAUCUCUGAGGAACUCGCCCGCUGCCAGUUUGGAAUUGUCCACCGCUGCACGGAGAUCGCCACAAAGAAGACCUUCAUGGCCAAGUUCAUCAAGGUGAAGGGAACUGACCGUGAGUUGGUCCUCAGAGAAAUUGAAGCUCUCAACGUAGCAAGGCACAAGAACGUCAUCUACCUGCAUGAAUACUUUGAAAGCAUGGAGGAGAUCAUCCUCAUCUUUGAAUUUAUUUCUGGAGUUGACAUCUUUGAGCGCCUUGGCACCAGCAACUUUGAGCUGACAGAGCAGGAGAUCGUCCGCUACCUGAGACAGGUCUGCUCUGCCCUCAAGUUCAUGCAUAGCAACAACUAUGCACACUUUGAUAUCCGCCCAGACAACAUCAUCUACACCACAAAGAGAAGCACCACCGUAAAGAUUAUUGAUAUGGGCCAGGCUAGGCUGCUGGUGCCUGGUGAAAACAUCAGAGCGCUGUUCUCAGCUCCCGAGUACUGCGCCCCUGAGAUCCACCGCCACGACCUGGUCACGACGGCCACUGAUAUGUGGUCUGUUGGUGUGAUGGCCUACGUUUUGCUCAGUGGCCUGAAUCCGUUCGCCGGAGAGUCCAUUACAAAGAUGAUCGAGAACAUCUCCAGCUGUGAGUACAUCUUUGAUAGCGAAGCAUUCAAGGACAUCAGCCUGGAGGCUAUGGACUUUGUGGACAGACUUCUAGUCAAAGACAGGAAGCUCCGUAUGACAGCCCACGAGGCUCUGGAACACCCAUGGCUCAAGAUGAAGAUUGAGAAUGUCAGCAACAAGGUCAUCAGGACAUUGAAACACAGAAGGUACUAUCAGUCUCUGGUUAAGAGGACAGAUACCAUUGUAUCAUCAGCCCGUGUGGCCUAUGGUGGCGCUUUCAAGAACCAGAGAGGAUAUGCUGUUGGUAAAGUGAAGAUCGGAACCGAGUACCACGGCCUCCGCACGGGACCCGUCAUGCACGGCUCCGCUGAGGAAGGUGGCCAUAUCAGAUUCACUUGUACCAUCGUCAACUACGACAAGAGCACUCAGGUGUCAUGGUUCUUUGGAAACCGCCAGCUCCAUGCAAGCAACAAGUACGAAAUCACUUACAGCAACGGAUUUGCCAGCAUCUAUGUGAAGGACAUUGAAGAGAGUGAUAACGGAGUGUACAGGUGCAAGGUUGUGAGCGACGAUGGAGAGGACAGUUCUUACGGAGAGCUGUUUGUUGAAACAGUGAGGAGCAUCAGAGAGCACUACAUCAGCCGCUCCAUAAAGAAACUGAGGAAGAGAGUCGACCAGGCUAAACUCCUGCAGAGACCGCCAGAGUUCACUUUACCUCUCUACAAUCGCUCUGCCUACAUUGGCGAGGAUGUGCGUUUUGGUGUCACCAUCACCGUGCACCCUGAGCCUCAUGUGGCAUGGCUUAAGAACGGAGAAAGAAUUAAACCAGGCGAGGAUGACAGGAAGUACACGUUCACCAAUGAUAAGGGUCUGUACCAGCUGAUGAUCCACAAUGUGGAUGCAAGUGAUGAUGCCGAAUACACCGUCAUGGCCCACAACAAGUUUGGAGAAGACAGCUGCGUAGCCCGUCUCACUGUGACACCUCAUCCAGUGAUGGAGGAAACAAUGAGGCCCAUGUUCAAACGCCUGCUGGCUAAUGUGGACUGUGUGGAAGGGAACAGCGUCCGCUUUGAGCUUAGAGUCUCAGGAAUCCCAUCUCCUACUCUGAAGUGGAAGAAGGACGGUCAUGCAAUGGAGUUCGGCCCCAAGGUCGUUGUCAUAGAGGAGGACGUUGACUACCAUGUCCUGCACAUCAGAAACACUCUGCUCGAGGACUCUGGUGUGUACCAUGUUACUGCAACCAACUGUGCUGGAUCUAUAAGCUGCCAGGCCUCACUGAAGGUGGACCGCCUUACCUAUACCAGGAGGGAGUACAAGAGCGAGGAGGAGAAAUACAUGCACGUGCAGAAACAAAUCGAAAAGACCAACAAAAUGGCUCUGAAAAUUGUUGCCACUGAGGAGAUGGAAGCUCUGAACUCCACGGCCCAGGACGCACUCAAGUUUGCUGCAGAGAUGUAUAAGCCUGCGGUGGGCACCAAGAACGUGGAGGGAGAGUUUGACAUCACUGUGCAGAAGUCGGAGACUAAGAAGCUGGAAGAGGAGAGGAGGAUUUUCAUGCCCUAUGAGAUCCCAGAGCCUCAGGUCCAUGAUCCCAAAGCUCUGGACGAGGACAAAACGAUCAAACAGUUUGUGCCUCUUUCUGACAUGAAGUGGUACAGGAAGCUGAGAGACCAGUAUGUUGUUCCAGAGAGGAUGGAGAAGAUUGUGCAGAAGAGGCAGAGACGUAUCCGCCUUUCCAGGUGGGAACAGUUCUAUGUCGUGCCCCUCCCCAGAAUCACUGACCAGUACAGACCAAGAUGGCGAAUUCCAAAACUCAGUCUGGAUGACCUGGAGACUGUCAGACCCGGCCGCCGUUCACCUUCUCCUGAAUCCGAGGCUUCCUUCAGAUCCAGAAGGAGAUCUCUGGGAGACCUCAGUGACGAAGAGCUGCUGAUGCCCGUGGACGACUACCUCUCCAUGAGGAGAACCGAGGAGGAGAAGACAAUGCUGGAGGACGAACUGGAGCUCGGCUUUUCUGCCUCUCCUUCCGGCAGCCCAGUACGCAUGGAGGUGCGUGAAGAGAGAAGACAUGUGGUCCGACACGAGGCUGUGGAAGUCACACAGACCAAGAAGAAACGCACUGUUUCUCAGUUCAUGAGGAGGAGGAGAUCUCUGUCUCCCACAUACAUCGAGCUCAUGCGUCCAGUCUCAGAGCUGAUCAGACCAUCUCGUGCUAGGACUGUGGAAGUACAGGGAGAGGUUGUGACGAGGAGAUCCCCCACCCCGGAGAGGACACGCCCCCGAUCUCCCAGCCCAAUCAGGUCCGCCGAGAGGUCGUCCCGCUCUUCCUCCAGGUUUGAACGGACCGCCCGCUUUGACAUCAUGUCCCGCUACGAGGCCAGAAAGGCUUCCCUGAAGUCCGAGAGGAAAUACCAGGUAGUUAGCCAGACACCCUUCAGCCUGGACCAUGCUCCCCGUGUGACCGUAAGGAUGCGCUCUCAUCGCAUACCCAUCGGCCAAGACACCAAGUUCACCCUGAACAUCCAGUCCAAGCCUGACGCUGAGGUCAAGUGGUUGCACAACGGAAAUGAAAUCUUUGAAAGCAGCAACAAAUAUGUCUUCACCAACAUGAGUGGAGUUCUGUCCAUUGCUAUUCUGGACUGCCAAGCGGAAGACAGUGGAUCAUACCGCUGCGUAUGCUCCAACUCCAAGGGAGAUGCUUCCGACUACGCCACCCUGGAUGUGUCCGGAGGUGGCUACACCACCUUCUGCUCCCGCCGCAGGGAUGAGGAAGUCAUAAAGGGAUUUUUCCCCGAAGUCACCAAGGUCGACCACUAUCACACCACUCACUUCAAAGCUGGCUAUUCUGCCGAGAGCCACUUACAGGUGGAAGAAAGCAAGUCUAAGCUAACGGAGAAACAUGAGGUUACCACACGGGAGAGAUACGCCGCCUCCUCUGAGAGGUACUCCUCCGCUGAGAGGUACGAUUCAUCCAUCAAGUUCGCAGCUGCUGAAUACCUGUCAUCUGAUUCCUCCUACUCGUCAGAGAGGUUCUCCUUGUCUGCGAAACGCACCACAUCUGAAGCUAAAGUGAAGUCAACCUCUGUCGGGGAAAGUGUCAUUCACAAAGUGGCGCCUUCUCUUCCCGCCAGGAUGCUCACCAAGCCCCAGUCUGUGACCGUUUCAGAGGGAGAGUCUGCCAAAUUCACCUGUGAUAUCGACGGAGAGCCUGCACCAACUGUAACGUGGAUGCACGAGAGCCGGACCAUCAUCUCAUCUCACCACGUCCAGGUCACCACCACUCAGUACAAGUCCAGCUUCGAGAUCUCCUCUGUGACCAUCUCCGAUGAGGGCAGUUACACGGUUGUGGUCGAGAACUCGGCCGGCAGGCAGGAGGCUCACUUCAUCCUGACCAUCCGCAGACCAGCACCCAUAGAGGAAGUCUCUGCAGUCAAAUCCCCCACUCCCAGUGUCAAGUCACCAGAGCCUUCAGUCACAUCACCGGCACCCUCUGCAACCUCCCCCGUGCCCAGCAUCAAGUCCCCUUCAAUUAAAUCACCGACGCCGAGUGUGAAGUCUCCCGAACCAAGUGUAACGUCUCCCACUCCGAGUGUGAAGUCACCAACGCCGAGUGUGAAGUCACCAACGCCGAGUGUGAAGUCACCCGAACCAAGUGUAACCUCACCUGUCCCGAGUGUGAAAUCCCCGACGCCGAGUGUGAAGUCUCCCGAACCAAGUGUAACGUCUCCCACUCCGAGUGUGAAGUCACCAACGCCGAGCAUGAAGUCACCUGAACCAAGUGUAACGUCUCCCACUCCGAGCGUGAAGUCACCAACGCCGAGCAUGAAGUCACCUGAACCAAGUGUAACGUCUCCUACUCCAAGUGUGAAGUCCCCCACACCAGGGGUCAAAUCGCCCGAACCUGAGGGGGUUAGGUCACCACGGGGUGUAAAAUCUCCUGAACCCAGAGUUAAGUCACCAACACAAGUCAAGAUGCCGGAGAGAGUAAAGUCACCUGAACCAGAGGGAGUAAAAUCCCCAAUUGGUGUCAAAUCUCCAGAACCUGCAGGAAUAAGAACACCUCGAGGUAUCAAAUCUCCAGAACCUGCCGGAGUUAAAUCACCUUUUGGUGUGAAGUCUCCAGAACCUGCCGGAGUUAAAUCACCUUUUGGUGUGAAGUCUCCAGAACCUGCCGGAGUUAAAUCACCUUUUGGUGUGAAGUCUCCAGAACCUGCCGGAGUUAAAUCACCUUUUGGUGUGAAGUCUCCAGAACCUGCCGGAGUUAAAUCACCUUUUGGUGUGAAGUCUCCAGAACCUGCCGGAGUUAAAUCACCUUUUGGUGUGAAGUCUCCAGAACCUGCAGGAAUUAAAUCACCUUUUGGAGCCAAAUCUCCAGAACCAGCAGGAAUUAAAUCACCAAGAGGCCUCAAGUCCCCAGAACCUUCAGGCAUCAAAUCACCAAGAGCCUUGAAGUCCCCAGAACCCGUGGGCAUCAAAUCCCCUCCUCGGGUGAAGUCCCCCCCUCCAAUUAUGUCGCCCAAGAGAGUUGCGUCCCCUCCCACGGUCAAAUCCCCGGUCCCGAAACCUCCUAAAGUCGUGAGUCAAGUGAUGGCCGAGGCCAGCGAGGGCUCAGUCCGGAUGUCCUGCGUCUGCGAGAGCAGCGUCCGGGAGGCGGUGUGGUCCGUCAACGGGAGGAGGCUUUCCCAGAGCAGCCACUUCGAGAUGCACUACUCCGAGGGCUCCUGCAGCCUGCUGAUCCACGACCUGGCCGACAGCGACCAGGGAGAGUACACCUGCGAGAUGACGUCCGAGGGAGGGGUAUCCAAAUCGUCAUUCUCCUUCACCGGACAGGUGUUCCAGUCCAUUCGCAUGAAGGUUACGGCCUACCACGAGCAGCAAGUGGCACUUAGAGGAUCGAUGGAGAUGAGUCUUAAGGAGUCUUCACUGUCCUCCGUGAGCUCGUCCAUGAGCUCGUCCAUGAUGAUGAAGAAAGAGAUGCACGCGAUGCAGGAGUCUUCCUCCUUCUCCUCUUCCUCCGCCCAGCAGGCCAUGAUGUCGUCCAUGAUGGAGUCCAGCUCCAUGAGCAGCAUGGCCGCUGAGAUGAAGUUCGAGUCCAUGUCCAUGUCCAGUAUGUCCUCUUUGACGUCCGAGACGUACGCCAUGAGCUCCAGCAGCAGCAUGACGGAGGGUUCAGCGUUCAGAGCGAUCGGUUCUGCCCCCAGGAUCGAGGCUCUGCCGGAGGACAUCAGCAUCGAGCCGGGCAAAGUCCUGACGGUCACCUGCGCCUUCUCCGGAGACGCCAAACUCAUCCAGUGGUCUCGCGGCGGGAAGAACAUCGAGGUGACCGCCGGCGGACGCUUCCACAUCGACACCACGGAGGACCUGACCACGCUCAUCAUCACCGGCGUGAAGGAGGAGGACGCCGGGACGUACACCCUGAAACUGUCCAACGAGCUGGGCUCCGACUCAGCUACUGUCCACAUCAGCAUCCGAUCAGUGUAAAAAAAAGAAAAAUCUCAAGCCCCAUCGCCCCCUUCCCUUCUUCCGUGCCUUUUUAUUUAUUAAUUAAGAAAUAAUCUACUUAAUAACGAUCUGGAUUUCUGUUCUUGUAAAUAUGAACUAUUUUUGUACCAAUCUUGACAUUAAUUUAUGCCAAACUAGACUACAGUCUAACGUUGAUAAAAUGUGCCAUAUUGGAUAACUAUGACUUAGGAUACUUAAUCUGUGACAUGUACAUAAUGUAUAUAGCCGAAUUGAACGGUUAUGGGAAAUGUAUGCAUUGUUAUUUAUGACAAUAAUAGUAACUGAAACAAAAGAAACUGAAUGUGGUCUAACUGGAGAAAGUUCUACUAGGAACGAAUACCCUGUUAGGCUAAGAAACUAAACUCUGUGCCUCAACCAAGCGUUGAAGUCUAAAGAUUGCCUCAACAGGUAGAGAGGCUCCCUGUUGACGUUACUGAGACAGAUAUAUAAUAUAUAAGAAUGCACUGCGCUGCAUAGAAACUGAGGCGAGACCCUGAGUGCUGUUUGCAUAUACCCUCAUGUAAGCAGCCCGACUGGGCCUCGCGCUCUGACGGAUUAUGUCAUACCGCCAUUUCGAUGACAUGCUCACAGUGCGGGCGGCUGCACUCCCUGAGCGACUGUUUCUUUUUGUUUUGUGCUCCGGCUCUGCAGGCGACCCCGGCCCGGCUCUCAGUAACACCGCAUCACGAGAGCAGAGCCCGGCCGGCGCUGGUCUGCAGAGGCGGAGCUGUCUCUCGGAGCGCUGCAGUGUGUGUGUGUUAGAUAUUAGCAGUCAGUCAGCGGGCGAGGGGGAGGAGUCCCGCUCUUUGUUAGACUGAAGGUAGAGACGUAGGUUUUGCAGCCUCCUUGAGUUUUUCUCCAGUUAUUGAUUUAAUAAAGCAUGACUAUCAGCACUAA